AUGGCGUCUGGUUCUAAUAUAGAUAUCGAGGGUGCUACUCAGCAUCUUCGGGACAUCCUGAAGCUCGACCGACCCGGGAAUGGUACCGGUAAGUUCGAUCCGUAAAGCGGCUGCGCUGGUUUAGGCCGCUGCUAGCCAGCCAGCUAGCUUGCUGGUUUGGUACCGAGCUAACAUGACUUUCUUUAGCGCGCCACUACACUGCGAUAAAGUUAGCUAAACAGUUUCGCAAUCCGAAAACGAAAGGGGGUUUAUCGCGUUACAACACAAUACAGUCACUUGUGAAUUUGCACUCCCGUAACAGUGAAUGUGUUGAGGUUUCGUAGAAUGGUCAGGGCGCCGUAAGAAUUAAAAAAGGUAUCGAGUGUUUUUUUUAUCAUCCUAACACGAAGCUUACUUGUACUUAAUGCUAGCUCACGCCGCAGUCUGUUUUCGCGUCCAACAUAGUUAUGUCUUUGCAUGCCAAGCGACAUUAAAGUUGACAAAAAUCGUCACGUGCAUAUUUUAGUUGCAGAGAAAUAUCUGAACGAGUGUCUUUAAAACGACACCACGCCGCUAAGCCAUCAUUGUUGUACUGUCAUCAAGAAUUUGCACGAGCCACCAUGACUGCGUAGAUGGUUACGCAGUCAUGUGGUGCUGUUUGUUAUUUUUUUGUUUGCUGCACGUUGACUCAAGAAGUUUAAUUAUAGAGAGAUUCGCACCUGCCUGAAUAUGACAUGACUGAGUUUAGGUGCAGUGAAGAAAAAUAAAGAAGGGUAAUGUUGAUAUGAAUUCAUCUUGCAAGGUGUCUCUCUAGGUAGACGGAAAUUCACAACUCCGAUAAUCAUCUUGUCGCGUUGUUUUGCUCGGUGCAGGGGUGACAAGUUCAUUGUAUUUCAAAACACGUUCACCAUGUUAACAGUAGUUAAUAACAACUACAAACAAACCCAGAGAAUAAAGAUUUUAGGAAGGUUUCUCUUUUUGUUCAGAUGCCUGAAUAAUUUUGUAACUCUGAACGACAGAUUAAAUUAAAAUGUAAGCUUUCACUUGAGCAAUGAUUUUUGCAUUGUCCCAGCUGAACUAUUGGAGAACAUAUUUGCACUCCACAACAGGUGCCUCUGUGUUGUAAUAGCAUCUUAUGCAGGGGGUGGAUAUGACCUUUCUCUUCUGUAGUCUCAUCAGAAUUAUUGUACAUGUAGCUGAUAUCAAUAAAGCUUUGGGAGCCCUGCAGUUUUUGGGAGCUUAAUCUUGAUCUAUUCACUUUCCAAACUAUGAAUAUUGUGUUAAACAUGAACAGAAAACAGUGAUUUUUAAAUCCUUUUUGACCUGUAUUAGAUUGAAUCACCUACAAAGACAAAAUAUUUAAAGAUUAAAGUAAGAAUAAUAGUAUUAUUUUUUAUUCGCUACCUGCAACUUUUUCCUAAAAAGAUGGGACAGAGCAACAAGUCAGGGAGAACUGAGGAAUUCUCAAAAACAUUAUUAUAAAAGUGAACAGGUUUAUUGAAAACAGGUGAGUGUAGCUGGGUAUAAAAGGAGCAUCCUCAAAAGGAUCAGUCAUUUACAAGGAAGGAUGGGGCGAGGUUCACCACUUUAUGAACAACUGCCUGAGCAAAUAGUCAAACAGUUUAGGAACAACAUUUCUUAAUGUACAGUUGAACAGGAUUUAGGGAUUUCAUCAUUUACAGUUGAUAAGAUCAUGGGCAUCAAUGCCAAAGAAACAACAUUGAAUGCCUGCUUACUUUUCUGGGCCUGAGCUCAUCUGAGUGGACUGACACAGAGUGGAAAAGUAUGCUGUGGUCUGAUGAGUCCACAUUUCAGAUUUGUCAUUCUGGCAGGAUGAUAAAUGUCCCGAUAAAAACCAUUAUAAUUCCAGUCUAUAUUUUUGACUCAUUUUGUCUUGAGAACACCGGUUGGAGUAGCCAAUAAGAUACUUAGCUACAAGUUUGAAUGGUAGGUUAUAGAAAAAACUAAUGACAUCAAAAGUCUCACAUUUGAGACUUGAACAGAGUGAGCGGAUUUACUGUCCGAUGUCAGGCCAACCUGAUUGCUCUCAUCUAAACUCCAAUCUUGAAGGAAACCCCUCAUGUGGAGCCUCGUUCAGUAACAUGCUGCUCAGAAACGUCUUCAUUACCUUCAGCCAUGUAUGUUUGUUAUUCUGAUCGGUGUGGGCUAUGGCUGUAAAAGCUCACACUUAGGCUCGCGUUUACAUCAUCAACUUGCAUUUAUCGUAUUUAUCAUGAGAUGGCAAAUACUUAUCAUGGAGGAUUUUUUUGACGAUUAUUUAUUGCCCAUCCCUAAUUGACCCUAAUCUGUUAAGCAACUGAAGUCAUCCAUCAAGAAAGAAUGGGAAAGUAUUUCACCUUCUCAGUUUCCUAACUCUCAUCGAGUGUUAUUAAAAGGAAAGGUGAUGUAACACCAAAGUAAACAUGACCCUCUCUCAGCUUUUUUUAGAAUGUGUUACAGGCAUCAAAUUCAAAAUGAGUGGAUAUUUGCCAGAAAAACAAAACCCCAAUGAGAUCUAUUAGUUUGAACUCACGGUUUAAACAAUGUUUUAUUUGUUUUUGGGAUUGUGGUUUGUAUUUUUCACUGUUCUUAUUUAACUUUGGUCUCCAAAGGAGUGAAAGCUACAUACGAGUAAAAUCUUAUCCAUCCUAAACCCAAAAUAUGAUAUGACUGAAAAGAUAAUAGUGGUAACAAUCCACAAUCCUCAGAGUUUUGCACUUUUGUUUCGUAUAACUUUCCUUAUCCAUAAUAUUUAUUAUCCGAGUUAGUCCUACACUAUCUUAAAAUGACAGGGACAUUUAUAAAAGUUUCAACUCUUUCAACUCUGAAAUGUUUCAACACAUUUCAACUCUUAAUCAUGUAUCACCACCAGACGCCAGAUGAGCAGUUAACUGUAAAACAGAAAUGCCUAUAUCAUGGCAGGGAAAAUUCUGACCCUAUGACUGUGGUUCUGUGAGACAGACACCAAAAUAAAAUAUAUACAACAAAUAUACAACAUCUAAAAUGUAAAGUUCGAAGUUGUUGGCAUAAAGGCGAAAUAGAUGACACAGCAGUCUGAAAAAAUUACCCCUGAUAGAUUUAUGUGGUGUUGAUAUAAUUUCAAUGCAUGAAGUCCACCAGACCAGAGGUUGCCAUUUCAGUAGGUUUCUGGUAAAAUGUGUUUUCUGACAAACUGUAGCAUGAUAGUCAUGUUUGAUAGCUUCUUUUUCUAAUAAGCCCCGUAUGUCAAUAAACCUGGAAAAUAUUUGUCUUGUUUUGUUUCAGAAGUGCAUGUAAAGUGUGUUUAAAUCAACAUUUAUUUUCAAGAAGUUACAAAUGGAAUCAUACCAGCAUAUAGAAACAGAGUGACUCACUAAACACAGCAUUAAUCCAGAUUAAACUAGUUUUUGUUCCAGUGAUAAAACAACUUUCAUUUGUUGGCCGAUGAUACUUGUCUGAUGAUUACUACUACAAACCCCCCAGGACAAACUCGACCUGACUUGAACUUCUCUCCUAGCUUGCAUUGUUUAACUGCAGUAUAUUCUAACAUAAUCUUGCAUUCAAUUUCUUUUCUCAGAUACACAAUCAAGCGAUGGUUCAAAAAUGCCAUCUUUUAAUGGAGAGCUGAAUGGGUUACUGGGUGCAGCAGGCCUUCUAGGGGGCACAGAUCAAUCAACCAUGUCUGAAUCCACCAGACCCAUCUCCACAGACCUCAGCACAAUGCAGGAAACACAGAUCAUGUGAGUUGGUGUUUGCAAAAUGCUGCUUUAUGGUGACUGUUUCAUGAGGGUAAAGAUCACCUCCUUAUGUUUGAAAGUAACAUGGCAAAGUAAUGGUCACAAAAAUCUCAUAUUGUGAGAUUUGACGUGGCGGGGAUGCAUUAUUAUUGUGAUUUGUAAAUUCUUGAGGAUUUGUGCGCCAUAAUUACACUGGGUCUCAUUCAUGAAACGUUGGUAAAUCUGUGUAUAAAUUUGUUCAUAAAAGUCUGAAUCCAUGAACACGAUGGAUAAUCUCAAUUUGAUUGUACUUAAGUAUGUUCAUAAAUGCCAGUUAUCCAUUAAAGGUGGGGUAGGCAGGAAUCCGUAAAAGAAUCAUCUUUUUUUUGGUGUAAAAAAGCUUUUAAUAUCAGUCAGUAGCUAUUAGUCAUUGAUGACAUUUGGUAAUAUAAUGAUAUCGCUGUGUUUUGUUAUGUCUGUGUAGUCAACAUUUAAAAAUUUUUUGAGCGGCCCGCUCUUUCUGACUGUAAACAAAGCCGUUUUCCACCUCCCAACGUGAUUGGUUGUAAGGCAGACACUGCUCCCUCAUGUUGUAAGGCACACUCCACGUCCUUUGACGAGCCCAAACAAAGUUAGUGUGCUACAAUAUCGGACAGUAAAACCAACCAGAAAAUUGUCUAGAUCCUCCUUUGGCCACGACUGCCAACACAGCAAGAAAACAAAGUAAAUACCAGAGACUCUGGCGGAAUAACGGGCGCUUAAAAAGGAGGUAGACCAGGCAAGAGCUAAAAAGCCGGGUCAGCAUCAAUGAAGCAUAAACAAUGGGAGAUGCUUCGGGAUCUUACGCGCCCUGUAACCUUUCUGCUGGUGUAACAGAAGUGUUUCUUGUCAAACAGGACCUGCUGUAGCGUGUUGUAGCGCUGCUAAACUGUUGACCUCGGGUCCUGGACUAUGUCACUUAAUCCUAGUUUUAGAAGUCCUGCAAACAUUGUGUUUGCUGGUAGUCUGUUGGCAUCUACAGUAGCACCAAUGCUUUUUACUUUCAUGUUGACUGGGCUCCAUUUGUAAUCAUCUGAAUAUAUUAUCUGCAUUAUAUCUGAGUUUAAUUGGAACAAUGCAAGCGAGCAAGAGCGCCUGUCUGUGGGCGGGGCUUGCUGGAGCAGACAGGGAGGACCUUUAAUUCACAGCACAGUUGUCAGUGAUCAGCAUACAUCCCAUGAAUGGUGAACAACCACCAGUGUGAUGCACUUUGAGCGGUCAGAAGAGUGAGCUAUAUACAUGUAGUCCAUUUGGUCAGUGUGAACUGUAAUAUCUAAUAUUUCAAUAUAUCAAGUGUUUCAAAGGCAUUAGUCUACUGUGAGCAUUUCUGACAUAAACAAGCAUUCUUGAUUUUCACAGUGGUUGUUAAGAGCGGGUGUAAAUUUAGUCAUUACCCACUAGAAGAUUGUAGCUUCUAAAAUAUUGAUGAUGAAUUCCACGUUAAUAUCCUUUGCGGAAACUUUCCUCUCAAAUUCACAGUGCUCCCUUUCAUGAAUGAAACCCAUCAUACUUUUAUGGUCAAAUGAUGUAUCGUUUAGUCACUAUUUAGAAAAUUCAGUCUCCUCAGAAUUGGGGUUUCUAACCUGUUGAAGUUUUAGGCUUGAAUGAAUAAGAGGAUUAAACAAAAAGAAGAAAUAAUUCAGACCUCUUGUGUGCAGUAAAUCUCCAUAUUCUUGUCACAUUUCUAUUGAGAGUGUUAUUCUUUUCAAAGAAAUGAAUCUAUGUUGAACUUGAAUGUGUUUGCUGCAAAUGUAGCUGCCUUUCUGGGGAUGAUAGCUCCACCUGUAUUCCCAUCACCUCCAACAACGUGGAGAUCGUGGCCAGUCAAGAUUCUGGCAUAAACAGCAAGGCCCGUGGAAGCAACAAGGUAUGAAGCAAAGGCAUCAGCAGCAAAAAAAAAAAAAAGCUUAUCAUUUAGGUGUUGUCAACACUCAACAUAACCAUGAGCUUCACACAUUCAAGAGGCAAGCCUAUGUGUGUUUAAAAACUACAAAUCAAAAGCCUUGUAAAGAAUUCCUUUCAAAGGCUUUUAUGAAAACACUUAUUUGAUUAUUUCUGAAUUUUUGGAGAAAAAAAAAAUCUCUCAGUGCUUCAUUUGAAGAGGAUAGGGUUUGGCUUUUGAAGAACACAGCCUUAUUGUUUAAAGACUCUAGUAGGAGCUUUUCAUAUUUACCAUGAAUAAUUACUUUUCUUUUUUUUUUCAGGUGAAGAUUCAGCCUGUUGCCAAGUACGAUUGGGAACACAAGUAUUACUAUGGCAGACUGAUAGCUGUGUCCAACUCCUUCCUAGCCUACGCCAUCAGAGGUGAGAGCCAAUAUCAAAUCUGUCAAGUCAAACAGUAACACAGUGCUUGAGAUGUAAUAUUUCAAAAAUAUGACUAUAACAGAUUGAUAGGGUUUAAAUAGGAGCGUGCCAUGAAUUGAUUUGAUCAACAAAUCAAACUUUACGGUGCAGGACAAUUCUUUUUCUUAAAAACUUUAUAUUAGUGCAGAGCUACCACUUCAUAAUGAAUUUUCCCAAAGUAACAGUCUCUCCAGACAAGGGUCAAAUCAAACAUUACAGUUUGUCCCAUAGCAGUGGAUAUGUAGUGUCAGGCCACAAUCAAAUACUGGCUGCUGAGAAAUUUGUCAAAAGUCAAUAGCUACUGAAAGCAAAGGCAACAUAAUGAACUUGGUGUGGCAAGUUUGGGGCAACAAAGCUGCACGAGACAACAGCAGCCUAGAAGCAUUUGUUUAAAGGCAGAUAACAUGAGUGCUCUAAAGUUCUUUAAAAUAACGUGAAAAAAUGCCUGAGAUUUUAAUGUCAGAUCUCCUAAUUUUAUCUUCAGGUAGCCUGCAGCUAUGAUUGCAAGGUGUGUUGUCUGUAUGAGGAAUUUCUUCUAAUUUGACAGUAACAGUUUUUGUAUAGCACAUGUGUUUCAGGUAUUGUAAAUAUGUAAAAAAAUUCACUAUAAUUUGUUGUUCGUUUCUGUUAUUUGUGUCUAAAGCACAGAGAGCAGACUGCUAGCAAGUGAGGCUUUAUGUCUUUACCUCGGUAGCAAAUAAGACACAUAAACCAGGAGCUUAGCCUUCUUUGUUGGUUUAAAGCUCUUUUUUAAAACUGAUGGCAAUGGAUGACUCACCAGUAGAGUGAGCUGUUCACAAGUCUAAGACUUAGUAAGACAGUGGUAAGAAUCUUUAGUCUAAGGGCUGUGUUUUCGUGCCUCGCCGGCAACGCGGCGCAUGCGUGGCGUAAGUCAGGUCCGCCGCGCCAACAAGGCGUUCCCAAGCACAAUUUGGUAUUUUGGUGAGCGGCACAGCCCGGUUUAAGUAUCCCCCCUCCCUAACUGAGCUCCUCCCAGCGGUGUAAGUCGUAGUGAGCGAGGAGAGAGGGCGUGGAGUGGAUUUAACACAGCCGAGACCUGUGUUGACCAAUAACAUCAGCAUCUUUCCUCACCUUUAAAUCCGCCACCGGCGAGGCGUAUUACUAUUUUCGUGAAGUAGUCAAAGAGAUCAAGAGAUGUCUUAAGACAGCAAUGCCACACGAUGGCGACAGAAGGCAGCUCCUCAACAAGUGUCCUCCACACUCUCUCAUAUGAGCACAGAUGGAUUUAAUUUAACUUAAUGCGGUUUCAGCUGUGUUGAUUCGGUCAGUUUGUGUGUCCAAACGCGUGCCAAACGCGCUCAUCAGAUCAGAUAUAGAUCAGAAUAUAUCUAUAUAGAUCUAAAUGUGUGUGCUGACUCAGAUUAUUAGUUGUUGAUGAUUAUUUAUUGCACUGAAAUGUGCCUGACACUGUGGAAACCUGCCGGUGAGGCAUCGGUGACGUAUGCUGAUACGCCGCUGGUCUACCAAAAUACCUCUGCCUGCGCUGAAAGCUGACCAGGUUUGAAUUGGCAAGCUUUCAGCACACUUAAAAGGCCAGUGGGGAGCACGAAAAUGUCACUGCACCCGCUGAUUCUGUCGACACCUCCCCCUGCCAUGCCACCACUCCCAGCUUGGCGGAUCUUGGUGCGCCUCAGUCCAAGAAAAUACCAAACUGGCUGUACGCUGGGCUCCGCCAGACGAAAAUACAACUGUGCGGGGUCCGCCAAACUCCGCCGCCUCACUGGCGUUCACGAAAAUAGAGCUCUAAGUGUUGAACUGCUCAUGGGCAAGACGCUGACUCUUAGUUUUAGUGAUUGUGAUUUGUUUCCAAAAUAUCUAUCAAGGGUUUAAGAAACCCAGUUGUUAUUUCAGCUUUAGAGGCUGUCUCUUAAAAUUUUUGAUCAUGGUGGGUUUUUUUUGUGUUGAAUAUUUAACUUCCUCAUUCUCAGGCUACUUUAUUUCCUGCUUUGAUAACAGACUGGAUUGUGUUUGAAAGGCUACACAAGUCUCUCUUGCUAGAACAGAGUCUAGAACUCAUUUUAGGAGGGAGAGCAAAUUUGUUUAGAGGAGACUGAAUGAAGACCAGAUCAUUUUGACUGUCAUCUGUUAGACAACGAAAUCUAUGCAUAGGCUGUUGAGGGUGUCAGGCUAAAUCAGGGAACAGAGUCUUAGCCAAUGGCCAAACAGGAUCAACAUUUAUUGAACACAAGACUGUGUUUUCGUUAAGGAUGUUGUGACAAAUCAUUCAGAAAUAGAAUGUAAACUGAUUCAUCAGCCAAGAGAUUCUACUAAAUUCAGAACAAACCAAGAGUGAGUGAUUAUAAAAACAAACAAACAACAAAUUACAUGCAAAGAAAAGACGUCAGUGUUGUUCAUAUUACCCAAAAAUCUAAAAUAUUGAUUAUAAACUCCCACAAUAAGAAUAUCUUGAAUGUGAUAAAGCUGGCUAAAAAUGGCAGAUAUUUCCAGUGACGUUGAUUACUCUUUGAUGUAGCGAGUGCCCAGAGGCAGUAAUUUGAACGGCUGAAUGGGUCUCCAACAACAUUUUUGUUCCCAGAGAAAUUGUGUAUUAGUAUAUGUAUUUGUAUAUUUUUUUUAAAUAGAGAUAUACAGUAUUAUUCAGGUGUUUUCAAAAUGCCCCUGACAUUUGCAGACAGCAUUUGAGCACUGAAAAAUAGUAUCUGUAUUUUACAUAGAUAUAAAUAUACUGGAGACAUAAAAUGCCAAAGACUUUGAACAUAGAGGUUGAACUUUAGAGCCAGCCCUGUUUUUUUUUGUUUUUUUUGAUUGCUCUCCUACUGUGUAUCUCACUCCUGCCUGCCGUCUGUUUCGAGGUUACAUGACACAGUACUCAUUAGCUAGCUAUCUAGACCAAGCAAGGGUGAAACGGUUGUAUGGAAACGAACACACUCACACACAAGACAAUAGCUUGUGACAGACCGACUUCUGCAAAUGAGGACAGAAUAUAUGUAUUCAGUAAUAGUUAUUUUUCUUCAUUUAUGAGACAGCUCAUCCUGAAAGAUGGCAGGAGUUGACAGUUGUAGUUGUAUUCUUAAUCUGAUGAUUAAAGGUUUUGAGAAAACACUGAUGAGGUUCGUCCCUGUUACUCCUAGGCACACACAGCAGUUAAUUGUGAUUCGUUUUGCAUCAAACCUGUCCAUCGUGCUGGUACAGAAAAAGUGAUUCAACACAGAUCAGCAGUAAACUAAGUGUUAAAAGUGAGGGCAAAAUAAAUACGGUUUUAUACAUAAAAAUUUUUCCCAAAUCAUCAGCAUAAUGCAGUAGUGGUGAGUGGUGGUGUGAGUAUCUGCAAAGGGUUCUGCUCUCUCUCUCUCUCUCUCUCUCUCUCUCUGUAUUUCCUUUUUUCCUUACACAUGUAGUCUUACAGACAGCAAUCAUCGGUCAGUGUUGUGAGGCUCUCUGUCAACAGUCCACAGAGCAAGACUAAGAAAGAAAAUAUAGAGACCAGCUGAAACUGAAUGUGAUUUUCAGGUGCAGUAGCUUUUUGUAUGCCAAGGCCCUGCUCCUAGAACUCAUACAGCAUUGGCACAUCCCACAUAUGCUGUAUUUGAUCAGUUUUAUUUCAGGAUAUUAUUCAAUGACGUUACAUUCUGUUCAUGUCUUGUCUGUAAUUACUUCCUGUUUCUGUAUUCUGUUGGCUAAAAUGGACUCACUUAAAUUCUAGGUCAUUGUCUUAGGCUGCUGAUUGAAUACCUGGCCGGACUCUGUGUUAAAAACAACAAUUCUUUUUAUUUGUGGACGGUCCCUUGGCUUGUGUUUUCCUCUAAAUGAACAUCUCUCCCUUGCAGGAGCCAACAACCAUGCGAUGGUUCGUGUCCUGAAUGUGGGUUCUGCUGAGCGCUCCUUACUAAAGGGCUUUACUGGAGCUGUCACAGAUCUGGCUUUUGCCCAUCUGGACUCCUCUCUACUGGGUUGUGUAGAUGAAGCAGGAAACCUGAUGGUCUGGCAGCUUACCUGUACUGGAAGCAAGAUAAUGUAUCCUGAUGUGUGGGUUUCUGCAGGUCCAUGUGUGUCUGUAGAGUUUAUCUUGUUUUUUCUCUCAGUUUUAUUUCAUUACCUUUUGAUACUAGAAAAGUGUUUGUUACCCAAUGACCAGAAAAGUGCUCUCUAUGUUCAAGUCCACUUCCAGUUUUACAGGAGUCCAGGUGGCCCUGUGAAUUCAUGCAGUCAUUUUAACCCAUAAUCACUGAAACCAAUCCUUGACCCAUCCUGCUUCUAGUGACCAGGUGGUGGUUCACAUCCAACGACCGGAGGACACUCCGUUAAGUUCACACCAUCGCCUCAUUUGGUGCCCAUUCAUUCAAGAUGAUAACGAGGAGAACCAAGAUGACGCCAGCCAGACCUUAGCCCUUUUACACGAGGACAGAGUUAGUCCCAGACACUCUUCAAAGAAUUUCUCAUCUAAAAUACUGUUUAAAAACAUUGUGAUCAUUUAAGUGUGUGCAGGACUAGAAGAACAUCUUGAAGUUUUAUCUGAAGAAAUGAUAGAACAAUGUAUCAAGAAAGUUAAUGUAGAAAGUUAUUUUAGCUUUACACAAGAAUUCUUGUCAUACAAAUACUUCCUGAGCUCAAAGAUAGAAUGAGAAUGGCAGAAACAAACAGAAUCUCCUCUGCAUUUAGGCCGAGGUGUGGGAUCUUGAAGUUUUAAGAGCCAAUAACAGCUGUUGGCCUGUCAGUGCUACAGAUGUAAAGGAAGGCCUCAUCACAAUCAAAGGACAUACCCAGGUGAGUGUAUGGGUCUUCAAGGAGUCUUUUGCUCUCCUUUUGUCUUCUAAUUAAUGUGAUUUUCAUCUGCCAAGUAUUACGUUCGGACCACGGAAAUUGACUUUGGCCCAAAUUUGGGGCUUGGGGGCCUAUGGAUUCAGUGUUAAAGGGAUAUUAAGGCGGGAAAUUAAGUCAUGGUCAAACACACCGUAACACCGAGUUAGACACCCCUUCCAGAGAUGAAUGUUGCAGACUGCUUGCUUCUCUAGUUAUACCAACUUUAGUAACGAACCCACAAUAGCAAUACACAACAGUCUAUGUCGCCAUGUGCAAACCUCAACCAAAACACCACUCUGUAGCCACAAAUAAUGCUCAGAACAGCACCUAUCUUCAUCAACAGUACAUAUAGGGUCCCAGCCAUAGUUCUAGCCAUCAAACAUCUUUUUAGCUUUGUCUGGUUUCUUUAGCAAAGAGACCAAACACAACCAACCCACUCUCCUCCAGCAGCUGCUUGUUCGUUGAGAGGACCUGAAGAGUCGAUCACCGAGUGCAGUAGAGUUUCGCAGCUCAAGGAAGAAAAUUUAUGAUCAUUACUUCAUGGAAAUGCAAUCAGACCAAGACGCUAAGGUAGAAGAACUACCAUGUCUGCAGUGCAAAAUGAUUAUUAUGAUGAUUAUUACUUCAAGGAAAUGAUCCGCUGCACUCAGUGAUUGACUUGUCAGGGCUCCCCCACAAACAAGUGGCUGCUGGAGGAGAGUGGGUGAGUUGUGUUUGGUCUCUUUGCCAAAGAAAUAGACCGCUGUGUAUUGCUAUGAUGCGGUUGUUACCAAAGUUGGUAUACCUGGAGAAGCAAGCAGUUGGCAACAUUCAUCUCUCGAGGGGGUGUCUAACUUGGUGUUAUGGUGUUUGACCUCAACUUAAAGUUUACGCCAGAAUAUCCCUUUCAAGAUCGUGAUUCUUUGCUGAACCAUGUCAUGUCUGCCUCUGCAGCGGGUCAGUGAAGGCGCCCUGUCUCCAGAUGGCACUGUGUUGGCUACCGCCAGCCAUGAUGGAUACAUCAAGUUCUGGCAAAUCUACAUAGAAGGGACACAGGACAAGCCAAGGUAAAAAGGGUGGAUGUUUUUUAAGUUAAUAUUGACGCCCCUUUACUCUCACAUGUUAGUUCAGUAUUGUAACUCCCAUAUGUUCUUUUUUUUCUGUUAUUUUACCCUGCGUUUUACAGAUGUCUCCAUGAGUUGCGGCCUCAUGGAGGACGUCCUCUCUCAUGCCUUCUUUUCUGUGACAACCACAAGAGGCAGGACCCAGAGUCAGUACAAACAGCACUGAAGACUGCACACAGCUUAAAACGGUUUACAUUCUGCAACACCUGAUUUUUGGCAUUGGUUUCUUAUUGUUGUCUCUGUUGUAGGGUUCCUUUCUGGCGUUUCCUGAUCACCGGGGCAGAUCAGAACCAGGAGUUGAAAAUGUGGUGCACUGUUUCCUGGACUUGCUUACAGACCAUCAGGUUGUUGCUUCACUUCCUGUUCAUAAUUUUAAAUUCUUUUCGAUAUCACAGGGAUAUGAUUUCCCUGGAUUAGGAGGGUUUUACAGAUUGUCCAUUCAACACUGUAACCUACAUAAAUCCAAGCAACUAUGACUGCACAGUUAAGACCUAAGCAAGCGUGGAGGUUGCUGAAGUCCCAAUUAUCAUGUCCUCAGUUGAAAAGUUUAUGCAAAGUGCUGCAUCUUGAACAAGUUUCCAGCACAGUGUUGUGUGCGUCUGCACUCACAAAUGGACUGUGGCUCAGUGCUGGAGUCAGUCAUCUCCCAACUGGAAGGUUGAAGGUUAGAUCCAGGGGCUGUCAUACGCUCAGGUGUCCUUGGGCAAGACACUGAACCCCACUGAGCCCCACUGUGUGGUGUGUUUAAAUGAAAUAUGUCAAGAACUGAUGGACUCUGUUGAUAGCAACCUCUGCCGUCAGUGUGUGUGUGUGGUGUGUCCAUUUACCAUUACAAGUGGGUUGGUCAGGACUGGCAGGUAAGAGCCAGUGUUUGUCUUUGUCACUUAGAGACUGUUUGUGUGGCCCUUUUCACAACAAAAAGGUCAUGGCUGCUUCUUCUUAUUAUUUUUUUUUGCAAUGGAUUUUACCAUCGUACAAAAACUAAAAAUGGUGAUUUUCUGGAAUGAUCUUCAGCAGCCUUUAAUGUUCACGUUUGUCAGUGUACCAAGUAAAAAUAACAACAUUCCUGUUCAGUCAACUUUCUUCUGAAGUGACAAACCUGAAGGUGAAGGUGUGAUGAGAUCUUGCCCGUGGGGAUAGUGUAAAGAUAGUGUGAGAUGUUCUCACUCUGUAUCUACCCUGGCAAUUAGUAUAUUUCUUGUGUCUUAGCUGAUUUGGUUUUUUACAUGAUUGAGUUUUGUUUCCUGACAUAGCUCUAAGAAUAAGAAUAACUUAAUUUUAUCCCUGAAGGGAAAUUCAACUGUCUGUAGUCUCAGUUGUCAUGUGUCAAAAAGUCAUCUACUGUUUGCAGAAGAGUUGUAAAGUCUGAUGGCUGAUGGCUCUAGUAUGUACCUUCAACAUGGCUGCAGGUUGAUUAUUAGAAAAUUAUGAGGUGUUUUCGAUCAAAAGAAAGUACAGCUGGAAGUGGUUCCUGUGGCCCUGUGUCAUCUGUGCUUAGUCUAGCAUUUGUAGAUAUAAUCUCAAAUCUCUUAUCCCUUCUAUCUGUGGGUGUCUGUGCUGCCAGUAUUUUACAUAUCAACUUUUUUUUUAUGUAAAUGAAAUUGUCAGACCCUGCUCCUGAAGUCCCUAAAGAGAUGAUUUUUACCCCAGAACUAGAUGUUGACCCUGUUUGCUGUAGUCAAAAGGCCCUGAUGAUGAUGAUACAUUUUAUCUGUCUAAAGCACAUCACAUCAUUUAAAAAAAAAAAAAAUUCACAUUACUUUUAUUUGUUCCUAUUUCUUCAGAUUUUCUCCAGACGUGUUCAACUCUUCAGUUCUACCAAGCCUCAAAGCCUGCCUCGACCUCUCCGCUGAGUAUCUCAUCCUCACCGACGUACAGAGAAAGGUCUGUUUAAGAUGUCGACUCACUGAAAAACAUCAACUUGGUCCAGCCACUUGCUUCAUUCCUCUGUUAAAAUUUAGAUGAAAGCGAUUCUCCGUUUUCCUGUCACUUUGCUGGUCUCAUCUGGUCUCUAAAGAUACUAAGGAGAUAAAAGCGUGGCCCAAUGAUGAAAGUGACCCAUGGGUUUUUUGAUAUGACUUGAUUUUCCUUGCCACACACAUUGUCAUAAUAAUACUCUAAUCAUUUGACAGGUGCUGUAUGUGAUGGAGCUGCGGCAGGACCUGGAGAAAGGAAAAGCCACUUUCACAGCAGUGUCAGAAUUCCUGCUAACCCACCCUGUGCUUAGCUUUGGGGUGCGAGACGUGGCACACAGCAGACUGCGACACACUGAGGUCCUCACAGCAGAGGAGGAGAGUGAAAGCUUAACAACAGGUGCACUUACAUAGUCACACUUUCACACAUUACAUCGCUAACAGCAAGUAUGAAACAGUUUACUUUCUUUCCUAGUGUCUGUCUCUGACCUUUAGGGGACAAUAUUUGAGCAUGUUUUAACACUGAGUCUUAGUGCUUAACAUGUUGUGGGUGGGUAUUGUUUGUUUUCUUACAGAAGGCACCCAAGGGCCCACCGAGUCCAAGUCUGGGAUCCAAAUUAAACUCUAUUGUGUUCAUACGAAGUAAGUUCUCUCAUUAUAUUUUGUUGCCAAUAUGGUUUGUUAACUUGAAAGAGAGGUGCACCAAAUGACUAGCUGGUGACAGGAAUCACCCCAUUUAAAGCCAGUCCAGCUGUGAUUGGUCGUGAUGAAAUAGAGCACAAAUCCCACAGCUCGGUUCAGAUCAAGGGUUGAGGAUUGGCCAAAUGAAGAUUUUUGUAAUGAAACCUUUCUCAGUCAGUUCCCACCAUUUUUCCAACAAAACCUUGGUCAACAUAUACUGUCACAUUUAGGGACUUUUACAGGAUGUUGAUGUUCUCCCUGCUCUCUCUUUGUCUCACUGGCACAUUGUUGUUCAUGUUUAUAUCAGCAAAAAAUGAAGCUCUCUGUUUCUUUAUGUCAUCCAUACACUAACCUGGAUUGGAAAAACCUUUGAAAUACUUCUCUUACCCACAUUAUGUUGCUGCAAAUGUCAAAAAAGAGUUUUCUGAGGGAAAGGAGCUGGGGUUAAAUGCAGCACAUCUCUUAGUCUUCAUUUACUUGAACAUCCAUCAAACAUUAAGCCUGUAGAUCACAGGUCAAUUAUGAACUGUACACCCAGUGACUGUCGCUGACCUAUUGGCCAUCCUAGACAUAUUGUAAUGGUGGGGAUCCUGAGGGGAAUAUUAUUCGUAAUGUCAACUCAAUGUACUUAAAUGGCAUAGAAGGAAAAGAAAUCAAAGACAUUGUCAGCAAGUGUAAGAAUAAAUCAUCAUCAGAUUGGAAUGGCAUUGACAUGAUCUUGAUUAAGAAAGUAAUUGAUUCCAUUAUACAACCACUAACAUACAUCUUUAAUUUAUCUUUGACAACUGGUUCAUUUCCACAGAAAAUAAAAGUUGCCAAAGUUAUUCCGAUAUAUAAAGCUGGGGAGAAACAUCAUCUCACCAAUUAUAGACCAAUAUCCUUGCUUUGCCAAUUUUCCAAAAUACUGGAAAAAUUAUUUGUUGUGAGGCUAAAUCAUUUCAUUGAAAGUCAAAAAAUUCUAACUGACAGUCAGUAUGGCUUCAGAGCAAAAAGCUCAACAGCAAUGGCACUUAUGGAAUUGACAGAGGAAAUUACAAACUGUAUUGACACCAACAAAUAUGUCAUAGGAAUAUUUAUAGAUUUGAAAAAAGCCUUUGACACCAUUAAUCAUGAAAUACUAUUUAAAAAAAUCGAAAGGUACGGUAUAAGGGGAGUUGCAUUAAAUUGGUUGAAAAGUUACAUGCAUGAAAGGCAGCAGUUUGUACAGAUGGGUGACUAUAAAUCAUCAUUGGCUGACAUUACUUGUGGUGUUCCACAGGGGUCAGUAUUAGGCCCAAUAUUGUUUAUUCUUUACAUCAAUGACAUCUGUAGUGUGUCAAAUGUGUUGAAAUUUGUUUUAUUUGCGGAUGAUACAAAUGUAUUAUGUUCAGGGGAAAAUCUCCAGCAGCUUUUGGAGGUCACCACCACAGAAAUGAGUAAAUUAAAACAUUGGUUUGAUAUAAACAAAUUAUUAUUGAAUUUGAAUAAAACCAAGCUUCUGUUAUUUGGAAACCGUAAAACAGACACACCAGUACAAAUGAUGAUAGAUAAUGUUAACAUUGAAAGAGUACAUGAAAAUAAAUUUCUGGGUGUAAUACUGAACCACAGAAUCUGCUGGAAACCCCAUAUAAAUUAUUAAGAACAAAAGUCGCACGGAGCAUCGCAGUCCUGGGAAAAACAAAACACAUUUUGGACCGUAAAGCACUUCAUAUAUUAUAUUGCUCACUUGUACUGCCAUAUAUCAACUACUGUCUAGAAAUUUGGGGUAAUACUUAUAAAAGUAAUCUAAAACCAUUAUGUUGUUUCCAAAAAAGAGCCAUUAGAAUCGUUAACAAGGUAGGAUAUCUGGAUCACACAAACAUACUGUUUUUACAAUCACAUGUUAUGAAGCUCAUGAACCUUGUUGAAUACAAAACUGCACUGAUUAUGUUUAGAGCAAGACACAGGCUUUUGCCAGGUAAUAUACAAAAGAUGUUCAGUGAUAAAGAGGGGGGUUACAAUUUGAGACGAGAGCUUAAUUUCAAGGUACAUUUUGCUGGUUCAACAUUGAAAACGAUGUGCAUUUCAGUUUGUGGAGUGAGUUUGUGGAAUGGACUGAGCAUGGAGGUUCAGCGAAGUCCAAACCUGAAUAAUUACAAGAAGGCAUAUAAAAAUAUUAUUUUCAAGAGGUAUUCAGAUGAGGAGGGUCUGUGUUGACCUAUUGAGUCAACACAGCCCUGUUUUCAGUUUUCAAUGGGUUGGUCUGAAUAAUUUUAUCCCUGAUACUACUGCAGUCAUUUAAACUAUUGUAUAUGCAGUAAAGAAAUUUGUGUUGGCAAAAGGGGGGUAGGAGCUCGAUAAGUUUUAAACUUCAUCCUACUCCUUUUCGGACAUUGUUGUUGGUUUUCUUUUCUUCCUGAUUUGUAUUUUAUUGUCUUAUUUGAUUAAAUAAUUUUCGAAAUAAAAUAAAAAGAAAGAAAGAAAGAAUAGCACUAAUAUAAAAUACUAAAGAGGUUCAUUUGGCCUGUUGGUGAUAAAUUUUUAAGACGGUUCAUCUUUAAAAGCCAGAGAGGUAAAAAAAACAUUUUGUAACCCGUUGGUGUGACAUCAUCUGUGAUGAGUUGUAUGGGUUUUGCCAUGGUAGGCUCCUUCAUCCUGGUUUACUCUGAUGAAGGCUGCAGAGGCAAAGUGGCCGAAACUUGUCAGAUACCACACUUUUUUGUACCUUUCUGGCCUUUAUAGAUGACCUGUCGUAGGAAUUUAACAAUCAUAUCAGUUCUAUCAUUUCAGCUUGUCUGCCCAAGAGAUGUAAGAGUCUCAGUUUGCAGGAAGGACCCUUCAUCAGGGUCCUGCUAAUUCAGCUACCUAAAAAAAGAAAGCUAGCCACCGACCACAGAACCAAACAUGAUAUUAUUUUCAUUACAAAUGGUUGUUUUUUGCAGAUUGAUUACUGAGAGUAAACUGUCCUUGAGGACCCUUUUUUUGUUUGGUCUUUUCUUAUUUGCUAUAUGUAUAUUUCAACUGGACAGCAUACCAAAAGUUCCCUGUGGCAAUAGGGAACCAGAUACUUUUGCAUCAACAUCUGUUCUACACUUAAAUUCAUCAAUUUUAUUUUUCAUUUGUUAUCAUAAAAUUUUGUUUUUUCAUUUUUAAAGUUAAAAAAAGGCAUUAUAGGCCACCGUACAGUAUAUUGGCCAUCAACUGCCCUGCUCCUUCAACAGUGUCAACAGUUGUUAACACUCAGCAAAGCAGCCACAAUGAUCAUAAUCAGUCACACCUAUCUGUGUUUUCAGGAGUCUGCAGGAUGUCCAGAUCUGGUUCCAGCCCAACUUGACUUGCAGCUCCACAGUCUUCUUGCCGCACUCCGAUUCUCAGGAUGGCUUUGGUGAGUCACAUCCCAAGAACUCCAAAUAGAGUGGAUUCAGGUUUUCAAUACAUGGGUGUUCAGUUUGUUGAUUAGGUUAUAAUAACUUAUAUAGCAGGGUUCUUGAGGAGCACCAGAGCAAAGUAAACAGUGUACAGCAGAUAGUGCCUAGCCAACAGAUUACAACUCUGAUGUGUUUCAAUGCUGUAAGGAGGUUUUAAUGGACACUGUGUUUUGGUAGGUUCUGUCACAAAAGGAAACAUGAGCUCCGCAUAUUGAAUAUUUUUCAGUUUGAAACAGUGAUACUUAGUUUUAUAGUUUUGUAAUUGAAAUAACUUUACAUCAUCCUGAAUGACCCAAGUAUACAAAGAUUGCAACAGAGUGUUUUCUCCUGUUUUUUUACAUGGCUGGUGAUAGAUGGUUACCAUGGUAACCAUGUGCACUUUUUCUGACUCACUCUGACAUAUAAAGUGAUACAAAAUAAUACAAAAUAAAAUCGCUUGUUAAGUCAUUUGAACCGUAAUUCCUAAUGAAUUGGUGAAUACAAAUCAUAGCAAUGUAUAACUCCUCAUUAACUGUCCAUCAGACACUUGGUCCUAACUAAUUAGUCUUGAGGUAAACUCGAACAGCAGUAAUGUAGUCAUGCACAUAAUACAGGAGGAUAUGUUGACAAAGGCUGUCAUCCUGAGUUUAAAUGGAUGGUUGUCAACCUAUUGUUAAGAGUUGAUUCAAAUAGUGUUUUUGGUUAGGCAGAGAAACAUCACAACACUAUAAUUUCAUAACACUUCUUUCUUGUGUAUAAAGAAAUCCAAGCGAAGUUUUCUAAUAUUACCAGGACUAUAUAAAGAAACGUCACACAAUAUCCAACAAUAUAGAUAAUAUGCAAUUUCUAGGUAAAAGUCCAGGGAAUACUUGUUUAGAUUGAUCCCAUAAAAUCCCAAAAAAGACACCACUAGGAGGAGCUCUUGAUCUAUGAGAAAUCUGGAUUAAAUCUGCAACAUUGAAAUUUUGGCUGAAUGGCUACCUAGAUGAGUGGGAAGAGUAUUUUACAGCAGAUGUAACUCACAGACAGACACAGGGGCGUAGCCUUCAUUUCAGAUGUGAGGGGGACUGAUCAUUCAGGAGCAAGAUUACAGGCCAGAAAAGGCCAGAGGCAGUACUAGAUGUUGGGGGAACCUGUCCCUGCGUACCCUGUGUCCACUAUGCCCAUGCACAGACGGGACAUCAUAUUGUGAAGUCCAUCAAGCAUCCACAUUAUACCCAUUGUAGUUUUUUUUUCCUUUCUGCACCAAAAGAACAGGUAACAGGCGUCUUAUGCAAUGAUUUGAGUUGGCUUUUUGGAGGCUAAAUGUCCCCCCGGGCCAACGAACAACUUGGUCUCUGUUUGUUGAGGAAAUGAGCGAUGUUUAACCUUUGGGGAACCUCUCUUGGUUAUCUCCUUUUUGGACAAAAAGGCUCAGAAACACAUUGUCUCACUACACAAUGUAGCUUUGAAAAAAAGAAAACAUCAACAGGCUUGACAAAGGUAACAUAAAAACUGAACUUUGCACUGCAGGUGUAGCAAUUCCCAAAAGAGAAAAAUGAAUUACAAUAACAACAAUAACAACAACAACCUAUAGUCGAGGACAGGACAAUACAAUAGUGGGUCAAAGAUUUAAAGGAUGGCGUGCCAUCAGAGGAGAUUGACUAAAUCCUAAAUGAUUGUCUCAGAAGUGAUCAUUUUUACCUCUUCACUGAAUACUCUUUAAUUUUCAAAAACCUUCCUGCUCCUUUCUGUCCUUUAUCAUUUUAAGUUUCAUUUUCAGGUUUUUGGCCUGUCUCAGUUUUUUUUUUUUUUUUAUGGCGGCACUUCUUGCCACAUAUCUCCCAAAUGUAUGGAUCUUGUAGUGAAAGGUUGAAUUCAAUAGAAAAUCUUUGCAUUUGCCUUUUUGUAUUUUCUGCUUUCUGGGAUUUUACCCUUUGUCAUUAGCGUCUGCUUCACCUGGAGGUUCUUCCCCCAUUUCCUUUUAUUCAUUUAUUCCCUUUAAAGCAGCUGGAGGGAGUUUUCAUUUUUGUUGAUUUUUUCGGCCAUAUUUUGCUCAUUGCUUAUUUUGCUCGCAUGUCAGGGCUCCAGAAACUAACUUUUUUUUGAGCAGUUUGAGGCAACUUACGUUGUGAAUAUAUUAAAAUGGAAAGCGAGUCUGGGUCAGCCUGUCGUGAAGUGUGAGACAGACGUGAAGCAGCAGGACUACUGAGGUUAGUGACACAGAGCUGCUCUGCCUGUCUGUCUCCGGUGUGGAGGAGCGUCUCACUCUGUGGCUGCAGCUGUAGCAUGACAUGGUGUCUGCAGGAGUCUCCUGCUGCAAGACACUAACACUGUUUGUGUAGUGACAGUAAUAUGCGCGUUUCUGUGAAAAAUAAAGAGAAAGAACGCGCGUGUGGCGUCUCUGGUCUGAGUGCCGUAGAUCAUUUCCUUAGUGGUCCUGACCCGACCACUGGCUCCCGUUUUCACUAUUUAGACACAGCUUAUCUUCACACUGAUGGACUUAUUCGCUGCCUCAGGUGACAGGGAGACAUCAGCAGAAACUAGACGAUUUUUCAAAUCAAGUUCAAAGUUCCCUAUGGGAAGUUUAAGUAUUCACAUGCUUUUCUUUCUUAAUCUGCUCCCUGACUGUUUUUAGUAUUAAGUGUAGUAGGCUCUGCACAAAGUUCAGGGGAUUCAAAAAUUGUAGUAAGCCUGCAGUCACCUCCUUCAGAGACACCACAGACUGUGAUUCGUGAAAAUCUUGUUACAAACACUUUGAUCCCUUUGCUCCUCAUUUUUUGUAUGUUAUGCUUUCUGUGCAUGUCAAAUAUUUAUGCAGAUUUAAGUGGUCAUUCUUUCUGUGUGUUUAGUGGCGUUUUCAGACCAUCUAACGGACCAGAGCUCUGACAAGGAAUCAGGAAGUGGCUCACAGACAGACCUGAGGAGUAUCUCCAUGCUCCCUGCUCCCACAGAUUUUCUGUCGAGUGUGGGCCCCACUAGUGUGACCAUGCCGAAGCUGAUGACCCCUGAUGCCUUCAUGACCCCCAGCACCUCAGUAAGGACACCUCACAUUAGAGCCUUGUUUACAUCUUCUUUUAAUCACCAAAUAACAUUGCUGCUCUGAGGUCAAUAUCUGUUUAUUUGUACACCAUAUAGUGAACAUCAACAAACAGAAUUGCUAGGCAACACUGUGCUGUUGCCUGGCAACAUCCUGCCCCUUGAAUUGACCCCUACUCACACAAAUAAACAAACACACACACACAUGCAUUUAUAAACACUUGAACUGUUGUUACCAGGCAUCAGAUGACCCCCUGUCAGAACCCUAACCUGGACUCACUGAGGCCUGCUCAACCUUUGUUUGUUUGUGUCUUCUUUAAAGAUAGACAUUUACUGAGCAGGUUAUCACAAUUGUUCAUGUAAAGCAACAGACAGAGAGGUAAGAGGAAGGGCAAAUUCUGUGAUUUCCUGGAAAAUGUCAACAUACAGAUGACAGUUAUAGCUAAAAACCAACAGCAACAGAGGAAGAUUCUCCAACUCUUCUUCAAGUUUAUGUAUCAGUGAACAUUUUUGUCCUCCUUUUUUAAUGUGCAGGUACCAGCAUCUCCUGGUAGCAGUGCCAGCAGUCUGACGAUCGUGACAGCCAUCAGCAGCAACUCAGACUCCACCAAUAGGUCUGUAACAACGUGUUAAAGCGUCAUUUACAGUGAUCAGAUCCUGUCCAUCACAAAUACAACCUAUCAUACUUUUAUAUCCCCCUGCUUUGCUAGUCAGGCAUGCAAAGUUGUAUUAUUGAGUUCACUAUGUCUAUGUUUCUCUGCAGAGCUAUGGACGAUGUCAGUCAGAGUCCUAUCAGAGCUGAAAACACCAGCAGUAGUAAUCUGGCACAGUCCACUUCUGCCAACAGCUCAAGAGCAGCUUCUGCAGUGUUGCUGCCUGGACUGGAGAAUCUGCAGGUAGGGCUCAACACACACCAUCCAGAUUCCUCUAGAGUUGCCUCUCCCAUAUUUACCACUGUGCUUAUCUUCAUCUCCAGGCUUUGGUGCCCCCCAGUGGUCCUCAUGCACUUGACAGCUCUCAGGUUCUAGAUUCCCCGCUCCUGCCACCCCUGGCCUCUCCAACAAGGGCCCGUUCUCCUGAUGUCAUUUCUUCAGCCUCCACAGCUAUGUCCCAGGAUAUGCCUGAAAUCGCAUCUCAGACCAUGCAACACCAGCGUGGACUGGUGUCAAACAUGGAUCCCUCAUCUUUGUCUGCCCUACAGACGGACAGCAUGGCCUCUGCUGCAUCUGCACUGCACUUACUGACCUCACCACGCUCAGCCAACAACAGGUACUCUGAUGAGGAACAAUCAAAGUGUAAAGCUCACAAAUAUAUAUCGAGCUUUACUCUCUUACUGUGAAUAAAAGACCAUCAAAGUUGUAAGGCUGUUAUGAAAAAUACAUACCGUUAAAUCUGAUGUAUGAGAUGUACUUAGAGGACUAUUGUUUUGUGAUUGAUAAAGUAAGGUGGGCCCUGUAUGCUGGUAUACAUCAGUAGAAAGAGUGUUGUGUAACAGAGUUUUUCUCCAAAGAUAGGGCUUUAACCCAUUAAGACCUGAACCCUGUCUGAGCCACACCUCUGAAAUCCUGAGGGCAAUUUUGAGAAGGGCCCCCUGAUCCUGAGGUUUUCCGAAGUGUUGAGGUUCAUCAAAAAGCGGAUAUCUUGGCCUCUGUAGCAGAUAGAAACAAAAUUCAAAAAGUAUUUGAGAGCUUACACAUGUGGCUUUCAAGAUGACUCUUUAAUUUUUCUGAACCUUCAUCAUAUUAUUGGAAAACCUUGAACAAACAAACUCAAACGAAAUAAAGCGGCUGUAUAAAUAAAAGUAAAGGCUCUGCACUGGCGAAUAACAAUUUGCUUUCUCUAAAACAAGUGGCAGUCAUGAUAAAGUGUCCAUUCAAUACAAAUAAAAAAUAAAGUGUUGAAAGGGUAUGCAGCUGCCCUAGUAUAGUGCCAGUACAAAAGCAGCUCUAAACUAAAACAAAUAAAUAAAUACGUGGCUGACAGUGUGUUCAUGUCUGUGCUCACCCAAAGUCAUGCAACACUCAGAAAUCAUCAAUAGUGUGAGCCAAAGCACUCAAUAUAAAGAGGUUAUCCACAGUGCUGGAUGCUUCUUCUCUGAAACUGCUCUCUACCUCCGUCAUUGUUUACUUCCCUCACGAAGCACGUAGCAAGAUCUGAGCAUGAAUCCGAUCGUUUUAUUAAGCUUUAUUAGCUUUAUUAGCUUUAUUAGCUUAUCAGAGGCAGUAUGAUGGCGAUACGAUGAUUUGAUUCACCAUGGCCCCAGAAAUGAUUGAAAAACUACAGAAUGUUAUGAAAUGACGUACACGCUUCUCCCGGCUUGGACGGUCGAAAUGCGUACAUGUGGUCCUGGUUUAAAUUGGUUAAAAAAGAAAGCCACCUCUUCAGUUCAUGCUGGAUCAGUAGAUCUAGAUCUUGAUCUAGAGGUACUUUUGAACUUUUUCUUGCUCACAAGAUUAAACACCAUCAAGUCGACAAAUCUUGCCGAGUUCUGGUUUGACUGAAGACCAGGGGUAUUAUGGGCGUGUGGGUCUCUCCUUACUUCACAGCAAUCAAUGCUACCAUAGGCUGAACUCUUCUACCAUAGAGGUAGCUGGCAGUAUGAGGUGAACAGAUGAUUGUAGUAAGAUUUACACAUCUGCAUAGAAACUGCACUAGAAACUGACCCCAAUGAAAGUCUUCUCCCAGGAAAGCAGAUUAACCCUUUUCUGGGAGUCCCCUGAAAACAGACUGGAUCUUAUGUAACAUUGUGACUUCUGGUAUUCACAGUUUCUUUUCUGGCAUGCAUGCACAUCCAAAAGAGCUCAGAUUCAGAUUUGAUUUGUUAUCAUUGCACAUGUCACAAGUACAGUACAAGUAAAGUCAGCUUGUGGUCUUUUUUGAAGUUUCCUGUAAAACUUAAAGAAACCCCAGUAUGACAUUGAAAUAAAGACAACCAUUGUACUUUCUGUCUCAGCCUGUUGCCCCUUGAACUUGGUGGUGCAGAUGGGCCAGUGGUGGGAGCAGUGGAGCCAGAACCAAGAAUUAGCAGCACUCCAUCUCUUCUGGAGAACGCUCUGUCACAGGAGAACCCUGGGGUUGGGAUUGGAUCAGCAGAUGGCGGUGUUAGCCACACACCUUGGCCUGCUGCACCUGACAUCACUAGAGAAACCAGGAACAGUCUGAGGGAUAAUGGUCUUGGAGACUGGUAAGAAAAACAUAGAACAAUAAACAUCUACACGAAGAACUGAAUGUGUUCAUUCCUCAGAGUAUUAUGUCAAGUAACCUGUAACAUAAUGUCAUUUUUGUUACACUGAUUGACUUUUUAGUUGGCCUGUCAAAAUUUCCGUUCACAUGACAAAUGAAAAAUAAUUACCAAUGAACUCAGAUCUCUGUUUAAAAACUUUUGGUCAUACAUGGAUAGAUUGAUUAACCAAAAUUCUGUUGCCUCUUUGCUUCGUUUGUAGCUCAAGAGACCAAGAAACUAAGGACAGACACCUGAGCUCACCCUAUCAUCGACGCUCCUAUCACCUCACACACAAUGAGAGUCUGGAUGCUGGUGCAGAGCAGAGGUUACACAACCAAGACAUCAUUUUUGUUGUUGUUGAAGAAACAGAUGUAGAGUCAGCAUGUAGUAUUCUGUGAGGAGCUGCUGCUCAAAUGAGGUUUAUUACCAAUUUCAAACCGCUUUUGGCCCAUCAAGGUUUUAUUUUAGUCACUGAGUCUGAGACAAUGAAAGAGCAUUUGGCAUGGCAUGGACUCAAUUAUAUAACAUACUGAAUAGACAGCUUUUCUAACUCUGCAUUUCUUCAUUUGAUACAGUGACCCUGAUGAGGAAGUAGCCAGUCUGGCAUCAUCCUCAGGCAAUUGUGGCAGCCGCUCCUCCCACAGAGUUCCAGUGAAGGACUGGAAGACCUCACCACGAGGAUCACCAAAGCUGAAGAGGAAGACUAAGAAAGAUGACAGGUUUGUCAGAAGGUUGGAGCCGGGGCUCACACGAGUUUCAUCUUACACAUUGAAAUAAAUUUCCCUUCUCCUUAUAAGAAGUAGCAAUCAAAGAGUAUCCCCCACCCCUUGACUUAUUUAGUAGUCUUAAUUUCAGCUAAGCUUCAAAUGUAUUUGUGCUUUGUCUGUGUUAAAAAAAAAAAAAAAAAAAAACUGCAGAAAUCUGUAGAAAUACAAAUAUGACAAAUAUGAGACUGGUGUCCAUCACAGUCAAAGUUCCUCAUGCAUUCCUCUUCUUUCUGUUUAGUGAGUCAUGUCAGAUCAGGCAAAUCGACUUGAGUCAGGUAAGAGGAUCAUCACCUUGGUCAGCUGUCUUUUUAUGCAUGAAUUGCUGCAGUUGUUUGAUAUUUGUGAAAAUGUUUUUAUGUUUUUUUUUAUGGGCUCUCCAGUUAUUAUUUUGUUACCAGUUUGCACCCUAACAUUACUGGGUGUUUGUUUUGGCUCUGAGAACAAUGCAAUCAGGCACUUAACAACAGUGAAAUCGAACCAGUGUUAUUGUAGUUUAUUAAACUCAGCUGUCGCUACACUUUUUCUUUUGACUUACUACAUUUGUUCUCUUCUCCACUCUAUAGUUGAAUGCAGGAGUACAAGACGAGUUAUUGAUGCUCCUGCGUAGCCAGCAAAGAGAGCUCACUGAGCUGCGGGGACAAAUUGAGGCCAUGCAGAGCUCGAUUUUGUCCCAGGUAGAGCAUACUCUGACCACCCGCCAGGAACAAGAACGUAUCCUUCUUCUCACAAAACUUCAGAUUGCUUUUUUAAUGUCAUUUGCCUCCCAAACUUUUCUGAAUCUUUGAUUGAUAUCUGUUACUCAGGCUUGCCAAGGACCUGCAAAUUUUUAGUAGUACACUUCAGUUAAGGCUGGUCUAAACUCUGACAAGGAUACCCACUGUUGCCGUUCUGUAUGGGUGUUGUAUAUUCUACCAAUGCAUGUGUUGUUUCCCUUCAGACCUUCCAGAUUCCCUCUAGUCCAAAGACAAGCUCGUUAGGUUAAUUGAUCUCUCUAAAAGAUGUUCAAGGAUAGGGAUGGGAAUCGAGAGCCGGUUCUUGUUGAGAACCGGUUCCAAAUGGUUCAAUCCAUUGACAUCAUUUACGUUUCAUCCUAACGGUUCCUGUAACAAUUCCUUUCUUCCGUGUGCAUUGAAAAACGGUCUACGCGAACAGGAACAAAGAUUAAGAGAAAAACAUGGCGGACGGUACAAAAAGAAGGCAGAAACAAUCUAAAGCGUGGCUUAAUUUUACCAAGAAAGACGACAACAGUGCAACGUUUGUUGAGCAAUGAUAACAUGCAAAGGUGGAAACACCAGCAACAUGCUUAAACAUUUGUCAAUGGGGCACGGCAGCAAAUAUAAGGACUCACAUGUGUUCGAUAGUCUCCGCCAGUUGUCAGCCGCUGCUGCUCUGUCUCAGCAUGGCAUAGAAGGUACACAUAGGGUGACCAUACGUUCUCUUACCCGGUCAUGUCCUCUUUUGGGGGGCUGCCGGGGGGGAGUUUAAAAUCCUUCAAAUGUCCAGAACGUGUAUUCAUUCAUUAUCAAAUUGUGCAGCACACGAGUGCUUUCUGCAGCUCUGCCCCUCCACUCACUAAGCAAAGCCACUGACAAGACGCACACAUGCACUGUCUUUGGGAAUUCAGAAUAUGGGUUUAACUGAGUUAGAAGUGCAUAAAAAACACUCGACCCGACACAAAAAAACCCUCAUAAUUUCCACCCCCUGUAGUUGUGUCUUCUUUUGGGGGCUUCAGAAUACGGUCAACCUAACAAAUGUCCAUACCUGUCAACAUCCGUUUUUCCUAUCUCCUGCCUACCUCCCAUAUUGUAAUUUCUCCCGUAGUUUGCAUGGUCCACGUUCAUUCAAGAAUCGGAUCACUAUUUUUGUUCAAAGUAUCCAAGUUUCUUAACAACUGAACUUAAGAUAGUCCUGUGUUUUUGCUGAGCCUCACAGGCACUGCAUUGAAACUUGCAGGUAUGCAAAUAGCGUUUCAGUUUGAUUAUUUUAAGACUCUCACUGGCGAUGGCAUACAUCUUUUUCUGUUAUCAGAGAUCAAUAAAAUUUUGAGUUAACGGUGAAAACCUAUAGUUUUUUUUUUUUAAGCAAAGAGAGGCAUUGAUAAGGGAACCAUUAAAGCAUUGAAUCGAUUAGCAGAAUCAAUAUUGACAUCGAUAUCGAUAAAAUCUGAACAAUUCCCAUCCCUAUUCAAGGAGUGACUAAGGCCUAGUCCAGAUUGUCACUCUUUCCCCUUCCCCCUUGUCUUACCCCUUUGCCUACCCCGUCCCCUAGGCCCUUUGUUUUGAGAGCCAAGGGGAAGGGGAGAAAACAUGUCCCUAAGAAACGAGACGCCACUCGAUUCCUGCUACGUCAUCAUGCCUUGUCGUUUGGGGUGAAUUUGUCACCCGAGUCUGACAUCAUUGUAGCUAUCAAUAGCUAUAGCUUCGUUAGCUAGCUCGUCAAUGUGCGAAUGUAAAACGCAAACAAUUCAAGACAUAGCUAAUGAUUACGUGGAGUAGCAAAAGAUUGAAUAUCUGAUUUAAAAAACAUAAGUGUCAUUACUAUGAAAAUCAUAUCAAAGUCUUACUCCUUGCUUUACAUUGAGGUUCUGGUUUAUCUUUAUCUAUCAAGGGGUGUGUACCCCCCGCCCUUAGCACUUCCCCUUGACCUUACAGAGAAUUGGGACACCCCUUUGCUUGACGCUAACGCACAAAACCGUGGACAAAGGGGUAAGACAAGGGUUAAGGGGUACAAUAGGGAUUGGCCCUAAGAGUACAACUGGUAGCAACAUCUGUCAACCUGUCCACAGUGUUUCCUGCCUGGUGGUUAGCUUAAACACUUGAACUUAUCAUGCAUAACUUUUUUAUGCACUUACUAGUUUGACGCAUGUCUUUUUGAACAAGACCUGCUCCAGGAUUGAUGAUUUUUCAUUAUGGGCCUUUACCUGUCAUGACCUCAGAGUGCAGACUAGAACGAGUUCUUGCAGAGAGUCAGAAUCAUCAGCAGCAGCUCCAGGAACACCUCAGCCAGCAAAUUAGCCAUGCCCUGAGCUCAGCGCUGACCAACAGGAUGGAUAAAGUACUACGAGAGGAAAUUAAGAAAACUGUACCACAAAGUAAGGAAACACACACAAACACACCACACACUCACAUACUGUGAAUAAGAUCACUCCUACACAAGUGUCACCAGAGGAUGGUGGUAUGGUACCACUGACUCAGUGUUAAAUGCAUGUGUGCUGAUAGAAGGAGCCAAGUACAUUUACAAACCCUGAUUCCAGUGAAGUUGGGAUUGAAUAGACUUUACAGACUAAAUAUUUCUGUUCAAAUUCAUGAACUUCAUUGUUUUGUUUAGUUUUCUGAAAAUAUUCACACAUUUUGAGCUUGGUGCCUACAACAUGUUCCAAAAAACUGGGUCAACAAAAGUCAGGGAAAAUUGAGAAAUGUUUCAUUAACACCUGUUUGGAUCCUUCCACAGGUGAACAGGCUCAUUGGAAACAGGUGAGGGUCAUAGUUGGGUAUAAAAAGAACAUCCCCAAAAGGCUCAGUCUCUCACAAACCAAGACGGGGCGAGGUUCACCACUUUGUGAACAACUGUCUAAGCAAAUAGACCAACAGUUUAAGAACAACGUUACUCCAUGUAAAACUGCAGAAAUGGAAGUUAUUUCAUCAUCUACAGUGCAAAAUAUCAUCCAAAGAUUCAGAGAAUCCAGAGAACUCUCUGCACCUAAGCAGCAAGGUUAAAAACUAACAUAUAAUUAUCAUGAACUUUGAUCCCUCAGGUGAACAACUGACAUUAUUCUGUAAAGGGUGUUACCAGGUGGGCUGAGCAGGACUUCAGAAAACCACUGUUAGUUCAGACAGUUCCUCUCUACAUCAAAGUCUACCACACAAAGCCAAAGCCAAAUAUCAACAAGAGCCAGAAACACGGCCAGCUUCCCUGAGCCUGAGCUCAUCUGAGAUGAACUGACACAAAAUGACAAAGUGUGCUGUGGUCUAAUGAGUCAAUUUUUCAAAUUAUUUUUGGAAAUCAUGAAUGUGGUGUCCUCUGGGCUAAAGAGGAAAAGUACCAUCCAGAUUAUUAUAAGGUAAAAAUUCAAAAGGCAGCAUCUGUGAUGGUCUGGAGGUGUGUCCGUGUCCAUGUUCAAUUCAAACCUUAAGUACAGUGUUGUACUCCCCUGUUCCUUGUUUUUGAGCUGCUGCAACAAGAGAAUUUUGCCCAGUGGGAGAUGAAUUAAGUAUAUCUUAUGUUGUCUUAUCUUAAAGGUGAUGUACCACAAUGGUAAACAUGCCCUUAAAUAAUAAGGGAUUCAUGAAUACACAGUGUCCCAACUUCAUUUAAAUAGGGGUUUGUACAAAGAUUAGUUGUUAUGAUGGCAUAACUUAAACUCUGUUAAAAGUAUGUAAAACCAAUUGGCAGCAGCAGGAUCUGAUCCUGUUCUUCACGUGUUAUUGUGUGUUGAAUCGUUCUGUGUGUCAGUCUUUGGGCAGUCACAUGGAGCUAACAAGUCUUAACAAGCAGCAAGGUCUCAUGGCUUUGUCAACUUCCCUCCACUGCUGAUUGUUUCAGUUUGACCAGGGGACAUUCAAACACAUUGCAGAGGUCACAGUGUCAGUUGUGUAUUUCAUACAUUUCUUCAGUCAAAAGUAUCAGACUUUGAACACAGUUGACACCUUAACUCUGAUUUCUUGUAAACAGAUGCCCCUUGUAUGAAGUCCUUGCUCCUCUCUUUCUACCACCCACAUGCUCAGUGAAAGAGACUUUAAUGUGCAGACCCUUUUUGUUGUGGUCCUCCUAUCCAAGGUUAUUUCACACUCUUUGCCACUAAGAUGGUUUCAGACUACACUAUAAACCUGAGUGUGAAUGUGGUGGAACUCCUUGCUUUUAGUUGAGGUGCUUAUUUUAGCAGGAUAGAGCAGCUGAGGUGCCGACUAAGUGCUGCUGUAGUGCUACACAUCUACAGGUUAGGUGUCUCAAAAAAUGUUUGCUUAAAUGCCUGAUUUCCUGCAGGACGUGGACACUGAAAAAAGAUUUCUUGUCAAUUAUAACAAUUUUAAAAAAAUAAUACCUUUCUCUACAUUUUUCAAAGUUUAUAUACAUGUAAAUAUAACCAACCACCAGAGAUUGCAAUUACCCUCUAGUUCAUGUCUGAAUUUUUUUUAUUCAAUUUAAUGAAAUGUAAUUUAAUUAAUUUUUGUUUUGUUCUAUACAUAAAUAUUUUAUUAUAUGAAGACUCCAAGUAUUCUGCAUCGUCUCCUGUCAAAUACUAUUGUUGCUCUUGUAUCAUUUUUGUUUUGCUCCUGCUACUUUGAUACUGGCAGUAACAGAAGCACACAUAAACGUCAAGCCAUGUGGAGCAUUUAAGCAAUAAGAAAUGGGUUUACUCCCAUCAGGUAGCAACAAUUGUUGUAAGUGUUUGCAUCAAUAACAGCCCACAUUUUCAACAGAAUGAACCUACCCUCACCAUUGGACUAAGAUUUCUCCUCGAGGGCAGUGGUCCCCAACCUUUUUUGUACCAGGGACCAGUUUCAUGCAGGAAACUUUUUCCAAGGACCGGGUAGGGGCGUGGAGGUUCCAAUAACAAAAACCUUGAUCAGUACAUAGUAUGUACAUAGUAUGUAAUCUGGAUACAACAAUUGCAUUUUAUAUUAGGCACUUUCAUUACACUUUAACAUCAACUCACCAUAAUGCAGAAUCAACCCUUUCUUUCUCCAGUGAACUCUGUUCCUGGCUCAUUCUUGCAAGGGCUAGCUUGUGUUGCUGGUGCAGGAAAAUGACGAGCCGAAGAGUUAGGGGGGAAGGGAGGCGAUGGCGGAAGUGGUGGUCUUUCAAAAUAAGAUACUGGGAGGACGAAUGAAAAGAAAAAAAAAAAAUUUAAUCAUCGUUAUUUUUUUUGCGGCCUGGUACUGAUUGAUCCACGGACCAGUAUCGGUCUGGGGCCUGGUGGUUGGGGACCACUGCUCUAGGGGUCAGACUGGACCUUUCUGAUCCAAAUGAGUUGUUUACAUGAAGUGCUUUAAUUCUGAUUCUGGCUAUUAUUCCAGUUUUAAGUAGUCUGUAUAAACAAAGCCAUUGUCUAUGUAUGAAAUAUGACAGUCACUAACAAAACAGACUUAAAACUGCCUUUAAAUGUUAUUCAGCAUUAAAGAUCUUAACUCAAAGUCAGUGUAAAUCAAUUUUGUCUGAAAGGAAACAUUUGAUUUUUAUUGCCAUUAACAAGACAAACUCAGAGUAAAUCAUUGAGGACUAGUGGCAGAAGCUCUCUAGCAGAGCUGCAGGCAUUACACUGGGCUGCACAAAUGCUUCCUGUGUGAAGGAUGUAGCAGAGCAGGCACUUUUGUUUUGUCAGGCUUCUCAGGCUCAGGGUUUCUACGCAAGUAUGGAAAAAUAUGGAAAUAAAUUUGAGAAAUUUCCAGGUCUUAAAAAGUAUGGAAAAUGAAAAAUAAAGUAUGGAAAAAUAUGGUCUAUUGCCACAGUUCUAAAAAUAAUGUUUUUAAAAUAGAAAAUUAAUUAUUUAAAAUAAUAAUGGUAAAAAGUAAAGUAUGGAAAAUCCAACUCUGUAGGAAUCCCGCGAGGCUUGUAUUUUGGUCCCAGGCGGUCAGACUUGAAGAUGCCUGGUCUUGUUGAGUAUAUAUUCUUUUUCUUAAUCUUGAGACCGGUGGGUACAUCAGGAUUUUGUUUCUUUUUAUUUUGAAGUCAGACUACUUGUACCUUAAGUUAUGAUCAUUAUUUCGAUCAACAAUGCUAAUCCCUGCUGAAAGUCAAAAUGUAUGCUAGUUCUUUUUGUAAAUAGGUAAUGGACUAAUUAAGCCAAAACUCUCUCCUGAGUCCCCCACCUCACCUCAAGUCUAGGCUGUUGGGUAUCAUUCCUAUUCCAGUGCUCUCUCUCUUGUCUUCUUGAGUGAGGUACUGGAUUGCUACAGGACCAAAUACUGACUAAAAUUGCUGACUAAAAGACUAAGACACUGUGUGACGUUGAUAGAUAGGUGACAUUUUUAGGGUUAGUAUUUGGGUUUGUUUCUGUACUUAUGGAUAAGAUCAAUGUAAACACUACUCGAUUUUGAAGCUCCCAUUGGUCAAAGUAAAUCAGGUCUUUGUUCCUUCCUUUGUCUAGUGAUCUUUGACUGAAGAAUAUAUUAUAAAAGAUUUAGAUAUCACUGUAGGCCUGAGUUCAUUGGGGGAAAGUCAAAGUCGGGAGGUGCUCUGUGUGGUCUAACAUAAAUCAAACGCCCUCUCUUUUUCUUUCUUGACUUUUCACCCUUUCCUCUUCUUUCAGGAUAAGAUGCUCCUGUCUUUUUACCUGUGCCUUGAUCUUGGGCCUAAAGAGCGUUUGCUAAUCUGUUGUACCAAUUCUUUCCUCUCUUCAGCUAUCUCGAAGAGUCUGGAGCCAGUGGUAGGUCAGCUGAACAAUACCAUCACUGCUAAGAUGACUGCUGUAGAAAUCACUCUAAAGGAAAACGUGAACAAGGUUGUCAAAUCCAAGGUAAGUGGCUGAGCUAGUGUACGGUCCUAUCCUUCAAUCUGAAAACAUCUCAUAGCUCACUUUUAUUCACUGACUGUUUACAGAACACAACAGAUGCAAUCGGUCGAGCUGCAGCUGAAGCGAUGCAGGGGCCAAUACAAGCAGCCUACAAAGAUGCCUUCCAGAGCAUAGUGCUGCCUGUCUUUGAAAGAGGGUGUCAGACCAUGUUUCAACAAAUCAACGACAGCUUCAAGCAAGGCACACAAGAAUGUAAGGCAGUCUUUUCAAGCAUUAACAUUUCUGUUUUUUCAUCUGCCUGUGGCCAGACACAGUCUUUGAAUAGUUACCAUAAGCUUUUCUCCAGACUCACAAUGGCUAAUUUCCCUGUAAGAUACUUUGGUAUUUUCUUCAUAUUGGUUGUUUCCUGAAUUCAGAGUCUGUUUGUUUGCAAGUCUUCCUAAAUAACCAUCUCUUUGAAAAGCUCAGGGACAGCUUUUGUAAUGAUUCUCUUUCAGACUGAGCCAGGGCACUGAUGUGUUGAUAAAUAGUCUUUUAUACAGAGAUCGCGCUCAUACCGACCUCUGGAAGCCUACAGCAAGGUGUUUUUAAAUAUUACCAAGGCUGUCAUAUUUGAUACAGAAGGGUUAGUCUGUAACUCAGAUUUCUGCCACAUAGCAUUUCUCAGUCUGUGUGCUCUGUCUGAUUUGAAUUUAAUCUAUGAUCAGAACCAAGGGUUCAUCUUGGAUGACUGAAUCUUGUCUGUAACGUGCUCUCACUACAAGGAAGGGUAAGCAGCUUAAAGCUGGAACAAUAAAAGGCAAUAUGAUUUCUGUUUAUUUACCACCUACUGUAUAUUUAUCAUGGGUAAUAGUUUUGAAAUUCUCCAGUUCUCAUCUCUUCAGGUGAUUUUCAUAAAAAUCCUGUAUAGAGUGACCUUUUGACCUUUUGCUAGCUUUCUUCACUUUUGUUUUCUGGUUAUUAUCCAGUUUUAAAGUAACAACACAACAUUUUUUAUGAUGAAACAUAGACACAGAAUCAUGACAAGAAAUAGUCUAGAAAUUGAUAACUGAUUUGAAUCAAGUGAUAGUCCACAGCCUUUCUACAUUUAGAGAAAUAUGGAAUGAACAGAAAUUUUGUGGUUCAGAGUAGAGCUGCAUGAUUAAUUGAUUUUAAAUAGUAUUCAAAUUAUUUAAUUAUGAGCAUGUUAAAAAAAUGAAAAUCAACAAACCGAUUUUCCUCUCAAACCACUCCCUGGUCCAAAGUCUGUCUGAAGGUUAUAUCAACCUGUCCACAUGGAAAUGAAUUCAUGAGUAAAUGCAAAAGUUUUUUGUUGUGUCAGCAAAAAACAGAGAAGGCAUUUCGGUGACUGGAAACGGUACUUUUUUAACGGGUCAGAGAGUGCAUAAAUCUGUAAACGACUACCAUUUCAUCUCCGUGUGGAUGUCUAUCUGCAUCUCUCUUGAAACCAUUAUGUGUCACACAAUGUAACUUUUAUGGCGCCGGCACGUGUGCGGCCAAAACAACCACUAUAUGCAUGCUGCAUAUGCACUACAUCAUUUUUAGUGGUUUCGUUUUGAGAGAUGAGAGAAAAACUUAUUUUUAAAAUGUAAGUUUGGUGAAGUUGUCACUGAAUAAAAUAUUGAAAUCUAAAGUCGAGUCUUUAAAUUAAAAAUUGGGAUUUUAAGUUUUGGCCAAAAUCGUGCAGCCCUAGUUCAGAGUUUUAUCGCUGGUUGGUGAAAUUUUGGAGGGAAAGUCAUGGCAGCCACCCCUUUAAUUUGAACUCAUCCAAUCUCAAUAUGAAUAAAACAUUGCUGAUGUUGUUAUUUACAUAUUUUUCAUUGGGAGUUAGUGUGUGGAGAUAACACUUUUUAUUUUUCUUUCUUUCUUUGGUUUGUUUGUUAUUUAGACAUCCAACAGCUUGAGAGUCAUUUGAAGAGCAGGAAGCAGAGAGAGCAGGACACACGAGACCCUAUGCUUGCCCAGCUCCAGCAGAUGAUCGAUGGCUUCCAAAGCUCCACCGAUCAGCUGACCAACAACAUCACCGCUAAUGUCCGGGCUGAGGUUCAGCACCAGAUCCAGAUGAUGGUUGGAAAGUAUGUAUCGUAGCUAUCCCACCCUGGUCAACUAAAUAAUCACUUAACCAACUUGAUGUUUAGUUUAUAGAUCAUUAUACAGUCAUCUGUAUAAGAUGACUACUACAACCACGCCUUGUUAUUAAUAUUAUUACUGUCGUCAUUAUUUUUGUGAUCAUGUUCAUGUUUUUUUUUUUCAUUUGAACAGAAUCACCACCCUGAGCAUUUCCUCUGUUUACCUUCAUUCUGUCCUUGCAUCCUUUUAUUUUUCUACAUGUACAAAGUUUUGUGUUCAGUGUGAAGCUCGACUUUACAUUUCACGAUCACUCCCAUCAGAUCAUUAACUUAAAGAUUGAACACUUAAAAUGGAUUAAAAACACACAACACUGCCCUCUAUCAGCCAUGUGGCUGAAAACCAUCAAGCUCCUGUUAGUGUAACCUGCAGUGGUUGGGAAGAGUCGUGCUGGUUAACAUACCAAGCAGAUAUUGAAUAACAGAUAUGCACAUCAGCAGAUGCCCAUGCCAGCAGCCUUGGCCUUGCUCACUGUCUAUUGAGCAGGUGCAUAAUGGAUCGGAGAGUGGAAACAAGCAAAGCUUAAUCCUGGGGCUAAUGUAAGAACACAAAUUCGAUCCAGUCUCCUGUUCCCCCUGCAAUUAAUUUCUUGGCCCCUCGAGUUUAUAGAUUGGUCUGAGGCUGAGCUGAGAGUAUGUGAGCGGAAACGUCAAAAUCUUGAGAGGAAAUGACAAUGCUGGACUGUGCAAAGCCCAAAGUAACAUUGAGAUCAAAGUAAUAGGAGGUUGUGGUCAGAUGAGAUCCCACUCAUUAGUAAGAUCUCUCACUAAGUUAGUGAACAAGUGAAUCUGAUACUUUCAUGUUCUCAUGGACAUGUUGAGUACAGCAUGUAAACAGUGCAGCAACAAAGAUAGAAGUUAAACAGAGGAUAACCCUAUUUUAUUUAGUGACGUUCCCCCUCUCUCCUUCUCUCCCCAGUUUACAAGAGUCUAUUCUUAGCCAUGUGCAGCGGAUUGUGAAAGGAGAGGUCAGCCUGGCAAUGAAAGAGCAGCAGGCAGUGGUCACCUCUAGCAUCAUGCAGGCUAUGAGGUCAGCAGCUGGCACACCUGUCCCAACAGCACACCUCGACUACCAGACACAGCAGGCCAACAUCCUGCAGCUACUCCAGCAGGGUCAACUCAACCAGGCUUUCCAGCAGGUAAGAUAGACAGACAGACACACACACACACACACACACACACACACACACACACACACACACACACACACACACACACACACACACACACAAAGAUGUACAUAGGUCCAGGUGUAAGGCUGCACAUGAGCGUAUACAAAACCAUUGAACUGUACUUUUUAUCUACCAGUAAAUGCAAACCAGCUCUGUAAGCAUAACAGAGUCAUUGAUUGCUCAGAAUUGGCUGGAACAUGCAUUUCUUAAUCUGGACUCUUUAAACCCAAAGCAAAUGGCUCAAAGUAGAGUGGCAGGCAGAAACCCUCAGUUGGUGGUGCAGAUGUGCACCAUGUCUCUGCAGGGGAGCUACACAAGACAGCUUCCACUGCUAACAACAAGAACAGCGUAGGUUUUGGACUUGAUCAAGGAAAUGAUCCCACCUUUGUACUGACAGUACUGACAGACCAGCAGAAAGUCAAUGGAGGGAUCUUCUGAACUGGUGUGGUUUCAGGACAGACACCUCAGGUUUCAGGUUAUUGAGAAUUCACAUCUGGUCUUAAAUCUUCCAGAUUUACUAGAACAGCAUCUGACCUGUCUGCUUGCCUUGCUCAGUGGUUUGUUGUGAUAAAAAAUGGUAGAAUUUUGAGUAGUCUGCAAACAUGGUACUGUGUCUUGACUUUAAAAUUGAGCAAGACCUGGUGGAGAGUAUGAUUUGACAGUAUAAUGUAUAGUCAACCAGCUUUUUUCCAUAGUCACUGUUAAGGUGUGUAGUGUGAAUCAAAAUUGAGUUUUCUGCUGCAGUUCCAUUUUUGUUGUUAAAGUGUACUGAAGAAACAGGUCACCAAAAUAUUGUGUACUUUGAAUCUUGAAAAUAUUAAUUUGAUUCUUCUCAGUACCAUCAUGUGAUUUUAAAUGUUACAAUCUCCUUUUUUUUUACACUUGCCACAAGCAAAAGAGAGGGGAGUGAUACUUGACAGGCAAGGAGGAAAAGUGAGGAGGGUAGAGUCCCAUUAUGACCCUCACUUGACUGUAAGAAAUCUGUCCAAGGAGGAGAUGGACAAUGGAUGACUCCCCUAUACCCUCUUUGAAUCAGUGUCAGUCUGUUCCUUACAGCAGCAGCCUCAAUAUUUCUCAUUUGUGAGGAGUCCCACAAAUAUAUUUGACAACCUUUUUAGCAUUAAUCUUUUUUUAUUCUUAAAUUCUUGCUAAUCACAACCAGUUAGUUAGUGGAUAAUCUCCCUCUGUCUACCUCAUGUGUCUAUGUCGUAAUAGUCUUCUUCACGCCUGCUCUGCAGACAAGAGAAAGACACAUAAUAGACAAGAAACAACAGUGUAAGAGCUUGUGUCUCUUUGAGGGGUACUCAGAAGUCCAGCAAUUUUGGACGAGUGAUUGGUCUUUGGCUGUUUGCUUACUCCUCUAAUUUUAUGUUGUAGUGGGAGUAUCUACUGAAUCCUAUAAACAUGUCAGGCAGUAAAGCAACAAUCAAUCACUAAUAAGUAUCACAGACAACAGCUUUAUGAGCAAUCGCCUCUCUGCAGCCUGAAAGUAGACUGGGUUACUUAAAGUUUUAAAAAAAUAUGGAAAAUCUUGUCUCAUAAACUCAGCAUUGCACAAUCUUUUGUGUCUUAAAUUGAGUAGUUUGUUAGAUGCCUACCAGAGAGCAAGAGCAUCGAGUUAAGACAAAGGGCAGAAACAGAGAAAUGAUAUACAGUGCAUCCGUCAAGUAUUCAUACCACUUCACUUUUUCCACAUUUUGUUAUGUUACAUCCUUAUUCCAAAAUGGAUUAAGUUCCCUUUUUCCCUCAAAAAUUCUACACAAAAUACCCCAUAAAGACAAAGUGAACAACUUUUUUUAGAUCAUUUAUUAAAAAUAAGAACACUCAAAUGUUGCAUAUACAUAAGUAUUCACACCCUUUACUCAAUACUUGGUCGAAGCACCUUUGGCAGCGAUUACAGCCUCCAGUCUUCUUGUGUAUGAUGCAACAAGCUUGGCACACCUGGAUUUGGGGAGUUUUUCCCAUUCUUCCUUGCACAUCCUCUCAAGCUCAGUGAGGUUGGAUGGGCAGCGUCGGUGCACAGUUACUUUCAGGUCUUUCCAAAGAUGUUCAGAUAUUGUCUUCUUGGCCGUGUGCUUAGGGUCAUUGUCAUGCUGGAAGAUGAAGUGUCGCCCCAGUCAAAGGUCUGGAGCGCUCUGGAGCAGGUUAUCAUCAAGGAUUUCGAUGUACUUAGCUGCAUUCAUUUUUCCCUCGAUCCUGACAAGUCUCCCAGUUCCUGCCGCUGAAAAACAUCCCCACAGCAUGAUGCUGGCACCACCAUGCUUCACUGUAGGGAUGGUAUUGGUGAGGUGGUGAGCGGUGCCUGGUUCCCUCCAGACAUGACGCUUGGCAUAUAGGCCAAAGAAUUCGAUCUUCGUUUCAUCAGACCAGAGAAUUUUGCUUCUUCUGGUCUGUAAAUCCUUCAGGUGCCUUCUAGCCAAGUCCAAGCGGGCUGUCAUGUGUUUUUUACUGAGGAGUGGCUUCUGUCUGGCAACUCUACCAUAAAUGCCUGACUGGGGGAGUACUGCAGAGUUGGUGGUCCUUCUGUAGGGUUCUCCCAUCUCCUCAGAGGAACGCUGGAGCUCUGUCAGAGUGACCAUCGGGUUCUUGGUCACCUCCAUGACCAAGGCCCUUCUCCACCGCUUGCUCAUUUUGGCUGAGCGUCCAGCUCUAGGAAGAGUCCUGGUUGUUCCAAACAUCUUCCAUUUCUUAAUGAUGGAGACCACUGUGCUUUUUGGGAUCUUCAAUGCAGCAGAUAUUUUUCUGCAACGUUCCCCAGAUCUGUGCGCCAAUACAACCUUGUUUCGGAGGUCUACAGACAAUUCUUUCGACUUCAUGGCUUGGUUUGUGCUCUGACGUGCUCUGUCAGCUGUGGGAUCUUAUAUAGACAGGUGUGGCUUUCCAAAUCAUGUCCAAUCAGCUGAAUUUGCCACAGGUGGACUGGAGGAACAUUUCAAGGCUGAUCAGUGGAAACAGGAUGCACCUGAGCUCAAUUUUGAGUUUUAUAGCAAAGGGUGUGAAUACUUAUGUAUAUGCAACAUUUGAGUGUUCUUAUUUUUAAUAAAUUUGCAAAAUGUUCUAAAAAAAAGUUUUUUGCUCUGUCAUUAUGGGGUAUUUUGUGUAGAAUUUUUGAGGGAAAAAAGGAAUUUAAUCCAUUUUGGAAUAAGGCUGUGACUAGGCCUGUCGCGAUAAUCAAUAAAUCGCCUUAUCGCUCGAUAAAUAAAAACGAGGUCGAUAACUUUGCCAGCCUCGAUAAUUGACGUGCGCUUGUUUUCCUCCUCUCUCGCUACCAAACACGCUGGAUGAGAGAAGAGGUCUCACUCUGCGCAUUUUUCUCGGCACCUGGGGGCGUUGGCUCUAUAGCGGAAUGAACGGAGUUAGUGAACCCUCCUGUCAGUCAUUCAGUGUCUUUGUCACGAGGGGGCUGGCGCGCACAGGCACACAGACACAGACUUUUUGGAUACAGUGCUGCAAGUGAGCGUCGUGAGUGAAAAGCAAGCUAACAGAAUGAACACGACAGCUUUGGUGAACGCAACAGCCCAAGUGUGGGAAUAUUUCGGCUUUAAACCAGUUUUGUUUUCGUCAACCACAAAACUCCACGUGUGUGUGCGCGCGCGCGCGCGUGUCUGUGUGUUGGAGGAGCACAGCAGGCUGAUGAGAGCUGUCAGAGCGGACUGAAGCUGCUCCUAUAUGUUUAGCGUUUAACUGACUGAGUUUUGCAACUCUGUUUGUCAUUUUCGUCUCGUCCCAUCAACGUAAACGCACUUUCGACUCGUCACAUUUAAGUCAUCUCCGACUUAUGUUUAGCUCGUCAACGCUACGUCUUCGUCGUGGGAGAAAAGGGAAAUAUUUUAGUCAACGAAAACAACCAGUGUUGUUCUCGUGUGGAAAUUAAAGUUUAUCACUUUUGACAUGGUGUACUCGCAUUAUUAUGCCAUAUAAUAUCAUUAUCUAUAAUUUAAAAAAUGGUGUCAAUAAUAUCGUUUAUCGGCGAUAAUUUGUAGCACAAUUAUCGUCCAGCAAAAUUUGUUAUCGUGACAGGCCUAGCUGUGACAUAACAAAAUGUGAAAAAAAUGAAGUGGUAUGAAUACUUUCCGGAUGCACUGUAUAAGACCUUAUUUUCUGGUUAUUUCAUACAAGAUUUAAAUUAAAAGCAGCUUUAAUUUUAUGCCUUACGAUGGCAAAAAAAAGUGGUGUAAAAUGCUCAACUGGCAAGAAAAAUACCACAGAGUAAGGACAGAGUCUCUACAGACAGCCCCACAUGUGGGGCUGGGGGAUUUGGCAAAAAAAAGGGAUCACAAUAUAUUUCUUCCUUAAAUCUUGAUUAUUAUCACAAUUUUUUUUAAACUGCCAGUUUUAAAGCAUACGUACUAAAAUCUAAAGAAACUAGAGAUUAGUUCAAUAUUUUAUUAACAUACAAAGUAAAUAACAAAGCAAAUUAAAUAAGAUAAACUUUAAGAUAAACAUUUUAGCUCAACAGUACAACAAAUGUAGAUAAAUAUUAAAUAAUACAGUGAACGAGUUUACAGACUUGAGUGUUUCUGCAAGACCCAAAAUAAACAAAUGGCCCCCUCAGGGAUAAUGAAGACACCUCAAAAUGUAAACAUUAGAUGAUGUAAACGUAGUUGAUAUGAUUGAUUGCUGCUUCAGUCUGGUGGCUGUGCCACCAUAGACUGUAUAUAGAAUGGACAGAGUCUGCCUCCUCGCUGGGUGAAGCCACUCCGAGAACAGCGCCCUCUGUUGAUGGGCUGCAGUAUAGGUCAUAAAUCCCGCCUCCUCCAGCAAAGUUUAUGGGGCUGUGGACAAACUUAAGAAAUUUGUUACACAGAACAUAAUUUUUUCUCCCCCCUGCUUGUGAUGUGGACAUGUAGUUAUUGUCAGACUGGUUUGUGCUCAAGUCCUCUUUUUUUCUGUGAAGCUCCUUUUUCAAAAGUUAUUAGGGGGUUCAUGUUUUCUAUGAUUGACACCUGAUACAGCCUAUUGGCGUUCAGGAAUUGCGUAGCUCUCCCGGAGGAUACGCUGUUUGAGCCGAGCGUCAUCACAGGGACUCUCGGCAACUGCAUGCCCAAAUGCGUGCAUCGCUACUGCGCAGCGCUGGUUUCAGGAAAUGAAGAAAAAUCACGGAAAUACCGAGAGCUUUUUGGCUUCAAAUCCGUGUACAGGCGGUAGGCGGAACCAAGUUGUCCAUAGUAUAAACAGUCUACCACUAGUUGUAGCUAAACUGCUAAUGCUACUUGUGCUGUCAGCAGUGGCAGGCUGUGCAGACUCCGCUCACAUUUUCAUGCUUUUUCAGGAAGUACUUCUUUAAAUGAUUAAACAGAUCUGUUGUGUUGUAGUUUUUUGAAGGCACCGACCGCCGACAAACCUUGCAUGUCGGCUUAAUUGUUCAACGUCACUUUGGAGAUACCUGAACCACCGCCACACAACCGACGUUGAAUAUACUUUUCUUCUCAACAAUAGCAACUUUGGAGGAUGACUCAGAGUCAUGGCUGACAUCUGUUUUGCUGCCCUCAGCUCUGUGUUUAGCUCCACGUUCAGUCAUUCUGUUUACUUCUCCAGCAACUUACAGAAAUAAGCCGGAAAAGCUCCACUCUGAUUGGCUGUUGUCACGCUCAUUUCCGCCAUGUUUUGAUCGAGUAAAUAUGCUCACAGCUGAUCACUGUGAUCGAACUGAAAUUUAUCACAAUCAUAUAAUCGCCCAGUCCUACUGCACAGUCAACCUUUUACACACACAUUCAUUCAAUGUUAGUGGGGCUGCUAUGUAAAGUGUCGAGUUCUCAAUUGGGAACUAAUUUCGUCACAUUCGCUUUCAUUCACAUGCUCAUGGUACGCCAGUGGGAGCGGUUUGGUGUUUGGUGUCUUGCUCAAGGACACUUAGACAGGCAGACAGCAGGAUCUCACAGGAUCCCUCAGGCAAAAACUAUGAGAUACUCCAGUCUGUGCAAGAAUUCACAAUUGUGCAGUUUUAAUCUCAAUGAACUGUCAUCUCUCCCUCUCCCCUCAGGCUCUGUCAGCGACAGAUCUGAACUUGGUCUUAUAUGUGUGUGAGACCAUUGAUUCCCAGCAAGUGUUUGGGCAACAUCCAUGCCCUCUCAGCCAGCCUGUGCUUCUGUCACUUAUCCAGCAGCUGUCCUCCAAUCUUGCGACCCGCUCUGAACUCAAAAUCAGGUAAUGAAACUUUUCAAAUUUACUGCAGUGUUUUAUUUUUCCUAUUUUUUUUUAAUCUUCUUGCAAGGUUGCAUUUACAUGUUCACGGCCGAAGGAGCUGAUGGGUGUCUUCAAGGGUCUGAAUAAGUUGAUGCUACAGAUUUCACAGAUCUCCCCUCUUUUUUUUGCAUGAUGAAAAACUGUACAGCAAAACAAACAUUAAAAGUGUGAGUUUGCCAGUAUUUGAUUCUCUCAUUAUCAUACACUAACUACCUUGACAUCUGCUGUGAGUUCAGAGAAAAAUAAACAUUACUUAUGUUGGGCUUCCACCAAACCAUUUUCACAGUUCCAGACUAAAAACUGAAAGUCUUAAGUAAAUCUAGGAGUUUGUCUGGAGUCACAGCGGAGUCACAGCGCGCUCCUGUCAUCUCGAUCAUUCAGUUUAUGGUGGUAAUCUGCGCUUUUUCAUAUCAGUCUUUUCCUAGUCUUUGGUUUGAGAUCAUGUUUGAUAUUAUAUAAAGUCGCAGUGCUGUAACACAAUCAACAACCAAUAGAUGAGCUCUGAAAAAAGCGUAAAAGGAAACUUGACAGUCAAAACAAGAAGAACAAGAAUGUAUGAAGAGUUACUGGUGAUAAAAAAGGAGAGGUUAGUGGAGCUGUGAGCAGAUCAGCCUUGACUGUUCAACAUCAUCUGCAGGGUUUCCCCUACAUGUAAUGGCGCACCGUCACAGCUAAAUAAAAACCACCACACCUCAGCAAUAGAGUUUUUCUACACGCUACCUCGGACUCAGUAUGUAUCAGUAUAUGCUGCGCACACAGGCUGCACCAAGGGGCGCGCAUGCUGAGUGUUAGCAUAUAUGACAUAUGUGAACACACAGCUGAUUAAUGAGCCCCCCCCCCACAAACACACACACACACACACACACACACACUGAAUUGUUAAACAAUCCUAAAAGAAUCUCGUCUUGUAAAUAGUGACCCUGCAAGAUUCACAGUCUUCAAAUCUUCUCAAAGUCCUCUGGUGGAUGGCUGGCUUUAGUUUAAGGUUGUCCUGCAAAUGUGAAAUCAGUAUUUAAAGUGAAACUGAAGAGUUACUCUCCCUGAUGGAAAGCACAUGUAUGACUGUGCCUUUAGUAUGACGGACUAAACUAAAUGAUGCUAAAAUUUACGAUUUGCGCUACUGUUAUUUUGAGCAUGCAGUCUGAGGCUUGAUAUUUGUCACCACCUGUAUAAAAGGGCUUUUCAGCUUGAACAGCAAGUGGGCCAUACAGGAAAGUCUCUAGGAGUUUGUGUGCCACACAAAGUCUUUUUCAACAUUUUUCAGGUUUUAGUUGUGAUAAAAGGACACAGUGGCUCACAGUUUUUCUGUUUCAGUUUGAUUUUACAUGAACUUUAACUGUCUCGGUUUAUCGCUUGUUGAAAACUUCUUGGAUUGAGUGUGCUGACAUGAACUUGAGUAUCCAGGUUUUGAGGUUAUCCUGUUUUUGUAUCUGUGCAAGUAAACAUCACAUUCGGAUCUCAGAAACAGGGAUAAGCUUUGAGAAACUGGAGUAGAGAAUAAGUAGACUGGUAGGCAUGUGUAGACCCUAACCUAGUUUCUGAAACAUGUAGACUACCUGUGCAGGUGCUGCCUCAGCGAAGGGAUGUAUUCAAAAAAUAAACAUGGCAGCAGCAGCAGCAGUAGCAGCGAUGUGAGAGUCUUACUUCUAAAUAAAGUGUUCAGAAACAUCCUGGUCAGAUAUAAGAAUGAUUCAUGCAUUGUAAAGUGAGACCAGAUGAACCUUUUUGGAUCAUUUUAUCUUCAAGUCUUUCUUCCCCCAUUGCUCUCUUGUCUUAUGCAGUGGCUGCAACAGGCUGACACCAAUCAGAACUGAGUGCACAUUGAAUAUUUGGCACUCUCUUCUUCUAUUACUGGAAAUGGAGGAUACACUCACUGUCAGAAAGUGAUGCCAUUUCCCUCAGGUUUCAAAAUUACUACAACAGGUUUUGUUGGAAAAGACAAACAGCAUGGGUGCCCACACAAAUUAGAUACUGUAAACGGAGAGAAUGCAGAACCCAGCAAAGAUCCCCACCACCUCCUCUCUGUAUUUCUUUCCCACUUAGAGUGUCUGCCUCUGCAUUUCACAGCAGCUGCAGAUUAUUUCAUUAAGUUGCCUUCAAACAUUACUAGAGUUUUUAAUACGACCUGUGCAUUUACAGCAGGGACAUUAUGUGUGUGUGCGUGUGUGUGCAUGUCACAAUAGUAAGUAACUUCUGGGCUGAGUAAGUGUACUUCCUCCCCCAAGUGUUCUGAUUUCAGUUCAUUUUAACAUAAAGAGACAACAGUGAGCCCCCCUGUUUUAAUGCCAUCACACACCUUCUGUUCUGCAGAGACUGGCUCCUGUUCAAGCCUUGAUUGGUUGUAAAGCCAGUUUUGGCUUACAUUUGUAUUCCCUAUCUCAUAUCCAUUGUAAGUCUAUUACUCCUGGUCUCCUGAGCACUAAAUGAUGCUAAACUGCUGACCCCCUCACCCUGCUCCGUCUGUAGCUCUGCAACAUAGCUGUCCAGGGAGUGCAGCUCGGUCUGUGAAUAGCGUUGCAGUAUCUGAGAAGCUCUUGAUCUUUCAAUCCUAUCUGCAGGAAUUGACUCCUACAUUCUUAUCUUGUUGUCUUUUUUCUUUUUGUUUUUCCUUCCCCCUUUAUUUCAUGUCAUCCCCUCUUAUGAGUUCAGUCAUUCCCUCUCUCUUACUGUCCUCUUUGCCCCCUCUAUUUGUUUCAUUGUCCCUUUACAGCACCACAUUGUGUCUGGAUCACCUGCUCCUGUCCUGCGUUUACAUUACAGCUGUUUACUACCGCUAAUACGACCCCCUUUUUUUGCAGUUCUGUGCCAUCUGGAGUAACAGCGGACAGCAGUAGGGUGUGGUUCUGUCUGGGGCAUCAUUAGAGCAGAGUUAUGUUGGGUUGGAUGUGGUGUGUGGGGUUCAUGGGACACACUUAUUAUUUUUUUGUCAUUUUCGAAAACUUGGCUGUUGUAGGUACAUAGACGUUUAUUCAUACUGAAGUAUGACUGAAGUAAUGUGAAUUUUGGAGCACUGUUUGGAGGGUUUUUUUGUUUUUCUGUACAUCUGCUUUAAUGGAUUCAAAAAGAAUUGACUAGGUCAGAAGAAAAACAAUGUUCAGGUUUUUAGGCCUGCAAAGAAUCCUUAUGUAGAGCUUCUGUCCGCCACCCCUAUCUCAGUUUACAACAUGCAGACAUGACAGAUUCAUGUUAGGGAUAAAGACCCAAAGCAGACAUUUUUAGAUUAAACACUCACCAAACACUUUCAAAGGGAUAUAAGUUAUGGUCAACCACACCGUAACACUGAGUUAGAAACCCCCUUGAGGGAUGAAUGUUGCCGACCACUUGCUUCUCUAUUUAUACCAACUUUAGUAACGACCAAAAACCAAAAAGCUCUAGAGUGGCUUUUUGGUUGGUUUGCACAUGGAGAUGUAGACUGCUAUGUAUUGCUAUCAUGCGGUCGUUACUAAAAUUGGUAUAACAAGAGAAGCAAACAGUCGGCAACAUUCAUCACUCAAGGGGUUGUCUAACUUGGUGUUACGGUGUGUUUGACCCUGGAUUAAAUUUACACCAGAAUGUCCCUUAAAGAUCUUGGGGUUUGUUCUGAAAACCACUUUGCUCAGUGUAAAUGAAUAUUUUCUUAUCUCGGGUCUGUUCUUAGCUGAGGACAUGAAGGAGCAUUCCUGCAGGUUGGAGUGCUGAUAUAUCCAUGCAGAAGUGUCCUUUAUUCAGCACCUUCAUACCAUUGAAUAACAUUUACGCUCGAUCAUGUAAUAUUUGUUUUAGACUGCAAAAUGAAUUUGAACUGAAUAACUUCAUAACCAUCCUCUACACCUCUAUUUUGUUGGCACGUUUUGUCGAUAAAAUGAUACGUGAAUCUGAACAAUGAAUGAAAGCGUUUCAAUAGAGAGAAUGGAGUUGGACUGGUGCUACAGCGCUACUUGAUUUUACUAUAGUUUUGGAGAAAAAUUACUUGAUACAAGCUGACCGAGCCUGUAGUCAGCCAGGACAGUGGUCAGGGAUGGGGUUUGAAAUUUCCCAUGGUAAAAGGAUAAAUCACCGUCCUUAUCCUGCAACUGCUGCUCAAUAGGUGAAAACACAAACAUAUUCCCCUUCUGCUUUGAAGGCUGAAUUGAUUGAGUUGCUGAUGAAGUUGUAGUUUUCUUUUGUCUUUUACUGUCCUGACUCUGGCCUCCUGUGUUAAAUCAAUUCAUUGCAGUCCUGUCUUUUUCCCUAAAAUAAUAAAUGGUCUCAUGGCCGAAGUCUCAUUUCUUUCUAGCUUAUCAAAAACAGAAAAAGUUUGCCUGGAAAUUUUUUUGCAUUUUGUUUCUAAUUCUCUGAUUUUUGUGUUGUUCUCUGUCCCUGUACAGCUACAUGGAGGAUGCAGUGAUGAAUUUAGACCAUGGAGACCCCAUGACAAGAGACCACAUGGCCAUCGUGUUGGCUCAGGUUAGACCAAAGCUCUUCUCCUUCAUACAGCAGGAUCCUCACAGCCCACUCAGCAAGAGGGCUCGGCGCCUCAUGAUGAUGCUCCAGGGUCUUGUCAACCACUAG